CACUAUCGGAGGACGACCGUGGGGCCGCGGUCGCCGAAGAGAGACCUGGUGCUUUGCUUUCACAUAAUACAUGGGCACAACUUCGUCCGUACCGACAGGAACCUACUUAUCGUUAGUACGGGUCCCGAGUCUCAACGGGAAUUAGUGCUGUUAACAUGUGUGUGCUCGCAAAAAUUCUGUGAUUUUUAGUGCUAUAUUAAUAUAUAAUGUCCCGAGAAUAAAUGGAUUCAAUAAAGCUCAUUCAAAAUAGAACAGUUUACCUACCAGGAGGAAUAGAUAAGGAUAACAAACCAAUUGUAGUUGUAAAUAUAAACUCUGACGCAACUGUUUUUGAUUUAACGUCUAGUGUUGAAUACAUAAAGAAUAUAUUCAGCGAUGAGAAUCAAAAGAUAGGAUUUACGUUCAUUGUGGACGCUAGAAAAGGUCCUUGUAAAGUUACCAAAGCGUGCAUCCAACAACUCAGUGAUUUAUCGUCGUCAGAAGGUUCAUCAAAGAUUAUAGUUCUCAGACCUGAAGGUUUUUGGGAUAAACAGCGAGUUGAAAACUGUACAAGUCUGCAGAAUGACAGCAACGUGACGUAUAUUUCGCCAUCACGGUUGAAUAAAUAUGUGGAACCAGCACAACUUCCGUUUGAACUUGGUGGGCUGUUUGUAUAUGACCAUGAGCAGUGGCUGAACAACAGACUUAAAAUUGAUAGCUAUUUUAAUGAAUCACAGACUGCAAUCAAUGCCAUUGAAGAAAUUCUGCAAAGAAUUACGAGCUGCCAAGAAAACUAUAACGUAAAUGAUUACAAUAAUAUACUUAAUUCCAAAAUAAUAGAUUCAACAAAAGAUGUCGCCAAUCAAGCACUUAUCAAAGGUCACGAUCUUCUCGAAAAAGUGGAACACGAUAAUAGAAAUCGAAAAUUUGCUUCCGAGUCGGAGGCAAUGACAACCCCCCAAGACGUUACCGACACGAUUAAGAAACUGGAACAGAUCCUGGCAGAUGUUCGCAAAAAGCUGAACAAACUCGACGAAUCGUGGAGAGCUUAUCUAAAAAACGAUGCCAACCAUAAGGACUUAAAUUUACUCCAAGAAAGCAUCGUUACUGUUAUAAACUGGAUCUUCGGUCCGGCCGAAAAUUUAUUAAAUUCGCAACACAAAGUAGGCCACGAUGUGCCUUCCGCCGAAGAGUUGAGGAAUUAUCACGAAGCAAUCGAAAUGAAAUGCUUGGAAACGUACGGAGUAUACGCGAAAAUUUUGCACAGAGUCAAAUCCUUGGAAUCAGGAGUUACGCUAACCAAUGAAUUGAAAAGUCUACUUUGGCAAAGGGACUUUAUGAAUUUCGUUUGCCGAACAUUCGCCGCGAGACUUGAAAGACGAAGGAACAUCCUGAUAACCUCUUUAAGGUUCUUCCGAUUGGUUUCCGAAUAUUUUGAUAAAACUGGAGAAGUAUUCGAAUCACUCGUCAUGGGGAACGACACUGGAAACUUUUUAACUGCUAGUCAAAAACUACGAGACCUACAAGACAGUCAAAACAAUUUAGAUGCCAUGGAAAGAGAGUUAAGAAAAGAAGGUGAAAAAUUGUCCGACAUGCUCUCGAUGCCGGUAAAAGACUCUCUCGGUCGAGAUCUACACAUAGAUUAUUCCGAGGACAUAGUGAAUAUAAAAGACAUUUUAGAUGCCACAACUGCACGAAAAAAUCUGUUCAGUGAUAGCGUCGAAUUACAGAAAUUAACACUGGAAGAGGUGAUACACAUUGCUUCUUAUGAAGAAGACGCGAGACAGGCUGUCGAAUGGUUGAAUGAACUUUUUAGGGUCAUGUUACAACACCAUGCUCAUGUAGGAUCGACAGUAUACGAAAUACAAUUGCAAAAAGACGAACAUCAACUUUUUCAAGAGACAGCCAAGGACACGUAUAAUUACGGAAACCAACUCCUUAACGCAUCCAUGAUGCUACGACAGUCCUGCAAACUCCCCAUGGACGACCACCGAUCUUUGGUGGAAGACUUAACGUUCUCAUGGCAAAGACUUUUCUCUGUGAGUCAAGAACAAAUGACUCGACUUCGGGUUUCAGCCGUUUUUCAUAGAACAAUAGAAGAUCAAUGCAAUCAGCUACGAGAUUUGCGAGAAGCUGUUGCAACAUUACCACUGGAAGAAGUGGCAAAGAAACAAGUUCGCGUGAGGAACUUCAUAAGCGCAAGGGAAAAUCUCAUGGUAGAAGUCGGACGAAUGGUGAGACUAGGGAGGCUGUUGAGAAGCAGAUUAAAGGAGCCGUUGUAUUUAAACGAAACUCUUUCCGAAAACGAUUUCAACGAUGAAGACGUAACAGGAUUUAGAGACACAUCUGUAGAAGAUAACCAAGUGUGUGUUGAAGCUAUUUCAGAAAAACUCACGGAAGUCACAGAGUUAGCUGAAGAAUUGGAUCAAGCGUUGAAGAGUGCGCAGCAAGACUGUGGAUUGGAUAUAGAGUUUGACUCCAGCGCGUCUUCAAGCCUAUCAACAACACCUACAACUGUUGUUCAAGUAAAUGCAAAAGUAAACUUAGAAUCUGCUUUGGACAUAAUGGAGAAGGCAAAUCCGCCAGCAAAACCAACAAAACCGGACGAGCUGAGGUCCGAUGAAGAGUUCCAAACAGCUUCAGAAUGCACCCUUCAACACUCUAGAUCUUCAUCUUACAAUACAGCAUCAGAAUGUGAACACCGUUUUUCACCUUGGUGGGAACAUGGCAAGGAAGACACAAGAGAACACAUUGCCAAAGAGAGGAUGGUUCUUGGCGUUGGUCUACCCGAUCUUCCUCCACCCCGAUCAGUUCUGAAACCGUCACCGGAAAUUCCACCGGGGAAGAUUGUGAGAGAAGUGACCGAAACCACUCAUCUCAAAGUGGUUCAUAAACCUUCUUUUGAUGUGUCUUCGUAUGUUUUGACUUCUGAAGUUGUAAGAGAUAAAAGAGAUAUGCCAUCAACCAGCAGAGAAGAACUGAUCCGAGUUAGGGAUGAACAAGGAAAGGAAAAGAUUGUACCAUCCGUUUAUGCAGACGAAAAACUUGACGAAGAAGAACUGGCGAAAAGGAUGAGGGAGGUAAGCGAAAACGAGGAUGAAGCAUGGCGACGAUACCAGUGUGUUACUAGACAAGCCAUUAAGGCAAAACCAACAAAACCGGACGAGCUGAGGUCCGAUGAAGAGUUCCAAACAGCUUCAGAAUGCACCCUUCAACACUCUAGAUCUUCAUCUUACAAUACAGCAUCAGAAUGUGAACACCGUUUUUCACCUUGGUGGGAACAUGGCAAGGAAGACACAAGAGAACACAUUGCCAAAGAGAGGAUGGUUCUUGGCGUUGGUCUACCCGAUCUUCCUCCACCCCGAUCAGUUCUGAAACCGUCACCGGAAAUUCCACCGGGGAAGAUUGUGAGAGAAGUGACCGAAACCACUCAUCUCAAAGUGGUUCAUAAACCUUCUUUUGAUGUGUCUUCGUAUGUUUUGACUUCUGAAGUUGUAAGAGAUAAAAGAGAUAUGCCAUCAACCAGCAGAGAAGAACUGAUCCGAGUUAGGGAUGAACAAGGAAAGGAAAAGAUUGUACCAUCCGUUUAUGCAGACGAAAAACUUGACGAAGAAGAACUGGCGAAAAGGAUGAGGGAGGUAUUCUUUUCGCUUGUGAUAGACGCUAUCGGCUCGAUGGAUGCUUCGUCGUCGCCUCCGCCGCCGACGUCCGGUGAUAAUGCUGGGGAAAAAGGAUCGGGAGAGUGCACGAAUGGUCCGGAGGCCUCUGGCGUCGAUACGGCCUCCGCAAUGUCGAAAACGACCACCAUAAGCACGAUCGCCGUCCAGAGUGGGAAAACUAGGAUUGUUAUCGCUCUUUUGCAUUGCGGAGAUUGGCUGGACUUAAAAGUUUUGGAAAUUACCCCAGACUUGGCCAGUCUUGGAAAUACUCUGCAAGAAGCACUGGAAUUGCAAAAGGCACACGAUGAAGUUCUUCGACAACUACAGAACAAACAAAGCCCAGUAGAAGAACUUUUACGUCAAGCGGACCAUUUGAUAUCCACGCAAAAGCCUCGCGCCGAGGUUUACGCAGCCAUGGCCGAGUCGCUAGGUCGAGCAUGGAAAGACAUUAAUCUUCACCUGGAGUUCCGCAAACAAAUCCUAGACCUGAACGUACAAUAUCACACUCACGCUCACGACUUCUUCACCAAAGUGGAAGAACUCGAAGCGGCGUGCAAAGAUACCGUCGUGCCCAUCGAGAUUGACGCCGUCAAACGCUUUCUCACUGACAUUCACGAGAUAAGAAGGGCACUUCUCGAAGCGCAUAUGAAUGCGCUACAGACUGGAAACUCGCUUAUCAAUAAAUUAAAAGAACUUGGAGCCAAGGGAACGUUAGAUUCAAGACCCGAUCGAAUACGAACGUCAGUAAAUCGAGCAAUUGCGCAAGUACAAGAAUGGAUGGACGAAUUGCACACCAAACGACAAAUUCUAGAGACCACCUUUGUGAAAAGGAAGGCACAGUUAGAACAAUGUUUGGCUCUAGCAAUUCUUGCUGUUGACCUCAAGGAGGUCGAAGAAGCAGUAAAUAAAGGGAGGGAUGCUUUAGCAAAUUCUAAUGAAUUAGGAGAUUCAUCAUCCAGUGCAGAAUUACUCUUGCAAUGGCAUCGAAAAUUAUUGCCAGAGGCUCAGCAACUACAAGAAAGAGCGCUCAAAAUAACAAAAGCUACGGAACAAUUGGAAGCAUCUGGAUGCUUUGCAAGCGAACAAGCCAAAGAUCAAGCAUACAAAGUUCUCUCAACAACAUCUGACUACUUGACUGAAAUAAGUGAACACAAUGUAUUGUUGGAAAAAGUCAUUAACUUCUUCAGAGCCGCACAAACGGCCUUCACCAAGCUUGAUCAAUUAGAAAUCCAACUGCAAACUACCGAGUUACCAUCAAGUUCACCUCAACUUGCAAAACUUCAUGCACAAUGUGCCGAAACUGUAGCAAACCUAACAACACCACCAAUUGAACUAGGACAUAGUAUACUAAGAGAAGCGAAACCUGGUCGAGGUACCGAAGGUGUAAGAAGAACAGUUGAAGAAUUGGAAAACAGAAAAAUAACUCUCGAAGGCUUAUGUACCGCUCACCGAGAAGACAAAUUGCGCAUUAACAGGGCACUAAACGAAUUUCUGGAGAAACAUGAAGAGCUAUACUCAUGGCUAAAGAGUAUAGCGGAAGCAUUUCUUCAGGGCCAUCAAGACAUGGGGAGUGACUAUUCACUGGCUAAAGAUUUCUUGGACUUGCAUAACCAAUUGCUCAAUGAUUUACAAACGAAAGGCAACGAAAUUAACUCACUUUUACUAACACUGCCACCAAUUUUGGAAUAUCUGGAAGACGACCAGCGUCGUGAUGUAGACUCAAAAGUAGAGUCACUACACGAACAUUGGGUAAAACUGAAAAAUAUUUUAGAGAAACGUUUGGAUCUUGCGUCAAUUUAUCUCAAGUUCCACAAUGAGGCGGAUCGUGUUAACGAUAAAAUCGACAAGCUCGAAGAAUCACUUCGAUCAAACGUGGGAAAUACACAAGAUGAUAUUUUCAGAAGAAUGGAAGAAGAAUGGGAACAGAUUGUGCCUCUUUAUCAGUCAGCCAAGAAUACUGGCAUUACAUUCAUAAAUGAAGCAAGAAAGAUGUCUGAACCGCAUCUCGACACCAAACGGGCUUGCGUUUGUGUGGAAUCAGUCCUGGAAAAGCUUUCAAACAGGCAAGUAAGUGUCACACGAACCUGGCAGACGUACAAAACUGACGUUGAAGAACGUCGUGAAGUUCAUUUGCAGUGGGAACAGAUAAUCAUGCAAAGUUCCAAGACACUCAACUGGGUCACAAAAUUGGAGUCCCAAUUAUAUCCAUUGAUUGACACGUUCGCAACUAGCCCCAAUGAAAUCAUAAACCAUUUGGAGCGAAAACAAGAAACUGUCUUGCCUGAAAUAAGAAGGGCCCAAAAUGAAGUAGAGCAAAGGAUAAAGAUGACAGAAACGCUCAUUUCAAAGUCCUCUCAAAUCGAUGAGCAAUCAUUGAACAUCAAGAACAAACUCAUCGAACUCCAUCAAAAACUGAUCGAAAUAUCUUCAGAAUAUCAAAUACUUCUACAAGUUCUUAUUGGAUUCUUCAAAAAUCUUGUAGAGUUGGAUAAAACGACAGAGAACUUGAAUUCCCAAUUCGGAAAAGCUGGACUUCCCAAGAAUGAAUCUGACGUUGAACUACUGAUUCGUGAACACGAAGCUUCUAGACAAGCCGUUUUAGAAAUGUUCAGAUUCACUCAAAACGAAUGCGAUCAAUUAAAAUCAAGAAUUAUACAGCAGGAACCCAAAACUGCGGCAGAACAGGACAUAUCUAAAUUAGAAACCAUGCUAGAAACAAGGAAGGUCACAUGGGAAGAAGAAUGGACGAGAAGACGUGAAUCUCUCGAAUCGCAGAAAAAAAUAAGUCAUUUCAACUCAGAGUUGAAAAUUGUUGACGAAAACAUUGACGAAUUGGGCAGGCAACUUUCAGGAUUCAAAGAACAAUGUCGCGAGUCACAAUCAACCACAAAGAGCGUCGCUCAAACGUUCACUCAUUUUACCAAAGUCACAGAGACUCUCGACAUACGAGUCAAGAAUCUAGUCAAAGAAGGAGAAAAAUUAGUUCACGAAAAUCAUCUUCAAUCGCCGCAAAUAGAAUUUAAUCUUAAUCAACUUCAAGAAAAAUGGUCCAGCUUCAAGAAAGAGACACAGGACACCAAACAUUUAAUAGAACUAAGCACAAAAUAUUACGAAAUAGUCAAUGAGGCUGAUCAAUGGUUAAAAGAUGGUAGUCGUAUUUUGGUAUCAGUAGCUAAACGAACAUCAGCAAUAAAAAGACCCGAAGAGGCACAACAGCUACUUCAUGAAGUCGAAAAUUUUGUAAAACCAGGACAAGCACAACAAAGUGAAAGAAUUCACAGCAUGUCUCAAUUAUCCAAAGAACUUUUCAGUCCAGGAUGGUCUAAGGAAGAAACAGAGAUUCAAAUUCAGCAUAAGGAGAUAAUAGAAUCCUUCAGUUCAAUAAUCAGUGAAUUGCAUAUCCUUUCGCAAAACCUAAAGUUAUCAGAAGAACAACAAGAAAAGUUAAAACGCGAACAGGCGGAGGCUGACGCCAAAUUGGCUGCAGCUAAAGCUGAAGCUGAAAGAGCUAAACAAGCAGCAAAGGUUGCAGAAGAAGAGAAGCGUGCAGCUGAGGAAGCAAAACAGGCCGCUGAAGAUGCAAAGAGAGCAGCUGAAGAGGCUAAACUAACUGCAGAAUCAGCUGUCAAAACGUUACAAGAAAGCAUGACAUCGCAAACGGUUAAAGAAAUACAAAUUGUAAGAGAAGAAGUUCCACAACAAGCAAUUACUCCAAUGGUUCCUCCAGUUUUCAUUUCUCCAUUGUCGGACGUCGUUAUUCAAGAAGGUGCUAAAUUCACAUUCAUGUGUACCGUGACCGAAACCCCAACACCAGUGGUAACUUGGUAUAAAGAUGGCAUUUCAAUUCAAAACAAUCCAGAUUAUCAGACAUCGUUUGAACACGGUCUUUGCGCAUUAACAAUUGAAGAAACUUUCGCUGAAGAUUCUGCCAGAUAUAGCUGCAAAGCAGUUAAUGCAGCAGGAUCUGCGGAAACCAGCGCGUUCCUGGCAGUCAAAGAACCUCAACAGGAAGAGCAAUUAGUUCCUCCAACGUUUGUGAAACUUUUGCAACCCGGUUUUGCAAAAGAGGGAAGCAAAUUUCAAUUCGAAUGUAAAGUGGAGGGUUAUCCAUUGCCGACCGUUCAAUGGUUUAAGGGCAACGAAUGCAUUGAUAAUUCGCCUGAUUAUGUGAUAACGUACAACAAUGGUGAAGCAAUAUUGAAGUUUGAGAAAGUGACCUUUAACGACAAGGCCGAAUAUACGUGUAAAGCUACCAACAAACUGGGGGUUGCCCAAAGCAGGACAAAUCUUAACAUUGAACCUGCCCAGCCAAUGGAAGCUCCCUUCUUCGCCGUUCCACUUUCCAAUGUAAUGGCUCGUGCAGGGCAGAAGAUAAAAUUAGAAUGUGAAGUUACUGGAGUUCCUACACCCACUUUAACUUGGACUCAAAACGGAAAAAUUAUUAAGGAAUCCAGAGAUUUGAAACUACUGCGUGAAGGCAAAAGAGCGACGCUAGUAAUAUCCGAGGCAUUCCCGAAAGAUGCUGGGACUUUUGCGGUGACCGCUUCGAACACCGCCGGCGAAGCGAUAAGUUCAUGUAAUGUGACCGUAAAAGGCAGGCUGCCGACAGAAACGUCCGAUUCCGAAUUAGCGAGCGACAUGGAACCGAUAAAACCAACGAUUCAAGUGCCUCUAAAAGACGCGUCAGUGUUUGAAGGUCAAAAAGUGCGAUUAGACUGUGUGAUUGUUGGCCAACCCGAGCCCGAAGUGAUUUGGUACCGGGACGAUACACCGGUUAAAGAAUCGUCAGACUUUCAGCUCUUGUUUCAAGGUGACAGAUGUUCUUUAAUUAUUCAAGAAGCGUUUUCUGAAGAUGCUGGAGAGUACAAGGUCGUCGCUCUAAAUUCUGCCGGCGAGGCAUCCAGCAAAUGCAGGCUAAUAGUAACACCGUUAUCUGACAAACAGCCCGCUCCAAAACCUCCACACGAAGAAAUCAACGGUACUGGAUCGACGCCAAAGUUUAGUAAACUUUUGUCGGACGUUUUGGUUUCUGAAAACGAACGAGUUAUUUUCGAAGCGACUGUAAAUGGUCAACCUCGACCCGAAAUAAAGUGGUUACUCAAUAAUCAAGAGAUAAUCGAAUCCAAUCGUAUUGUGAGAACGUACGAUCAACAGGGAAACGUCUCAUUGCAAAUUGAUAGCGUCAAACCAGAAGAUAGAGGAGUUUAUACAGUGAAAGCACAAAAUUCACUGGGUGAAGCAAAAUGUUUCGCACAAUUGAUCGUUAAAACGGCUAAACCCGUCGAUAUACAAAAACCAUUCGAGGAUAUAAAAUCGCCACCUUUCUUCAACGAAAGGUUCACAGAUCGCACUGUGUCAGAAGACACAUCCACCAAAUUCGAAUGCAUCGUAACUGGGAAACCUACACCUAAAGUAAGAUGGUUCUUCAAUGAUGAGCCAGUGUCGGGAAAAGGUUUCUUGGUAUCUACAUCUGGCGAUCGGCAAGUUCUAACCAUACCAACUGUAACCAAAACGAAUGAAGGAAAGAUAACCUGUAUCGCUGAAAACGAAGCCGGUACAUCAACUUGGAGUGCAAAACUGUCAGUUCAACCCUCUCUCGAUGUCAGCCUAUUCCCAGCGAAACCUUCUACAGAAAUUCAACGGCAUGUUGAAUCUUCGUAUAUUCUGAAACAAGAUGUUCAAGUAGAAUCCUCUUCCACUGUAAAGAAGAUAAGUUCAGAGAGUGAACCUCAAAUCCAGACACACACAAUCAAAUCUCACGACGAAAAGUCAGUAACACAAACGAACCACGAACAACCGAAAAUCGUUGAAUCUCACAAAGUAGAGGAAUAUCGCACCUUUGGAGACCACGAGAAACAAUUCUCUUCAAUCACCGAUGAUACAAGGAAAGAAAGAGAACAAAUGUUAACUACUCAGAAGAAAAUAAUAAAGCUUCGACCUCCCAAAUUUAUUAAUCCAAUAAUGGGAAAAAUUGUCGAUCAAAAUAGUAGAGUGGUACUUGAAGGAAUCGUUGACGGUCAGCCUGCACCCACCGUUACUUGGACUAAAAAUGGCACAGAACUUCGACAAACUGACAACGUUAAAAUAUCAUAUGAUUCGGGUCGUCCUAGAAUAGAAAUACUAAAUGCUACAUCAAAUGAUGCAGGUAGAUACACCUGCACGGCAGUAAACGAAGCAGGUUCAGCUGUCAGUACGUCCGACUUGGUUGUCAGAAAGGUCAUAUUCCCUCCUGUUUUUGGACGUCGCCUUCAGGCACAGGUUGUAAAGAAGGGCGAUCGUAUCCGCAUGGAGAUUGAAGUAACUGGUACACCAGAGCCUACCGUUUCUUGGUAUAAAGAUGGUAUUCCCCUGACUUCCGAAACAAGAGAAGGCAGAAGGAUUUUAAGACAAGGAAAUAGCUACACGCUAAUAAUAGAGAAAGCGGAAUUGAAGGACCAAGGGAAGUACAUGGUUCGUGCUGUAAAUGAAGGAGGUGAAGCACAAAGUAUUGCUGAUUUUGCCGUUUACGAACCAACUCCAGACACUAUGAUGGAAGUUGUAAAAACUGUCGUCUUCGAAGACGUACGCAAACACGAAAUGUUGUCCUCUACUGAAGACAAAACAAAGUCAGUGACUUCUACAGAGCAAAGAAUACCAAUAUCAACGAAAACAUUUGAUAGUAGUACAUUUGCUUUACCUGAAAUAGAAAAAUCGAUCGAAACGAAGAAGGAAAUUGUCAAAAGUAUUACUCCCACAAACCUCGCCGAAAAAAUUUCAUCUCAAUCAUCUGAAAGUCAUUAUCACACGUCUAGUCAAUUUAGCGAAUCAAAAUCAGAAUCGAAAUCGGAAAAAUUCUUCACAAAAGAAUCUGCACAAGCACCUACAAUUGUUAGAAGUGUUGAUAACGCCAGUUUUACGGUUCCUGAAGUUGAAAAAUCAGUCGUUUCAAAAAUGGAAGUUUUCAAAUCUUCCAGUCCAAUAAAUCUACAAGAGCAUGCCUCAAAAUCAUCUGAAAGUCAGGUCUACAGUUCAACAUCUUCUAAAUACGGCGAUCUAACAAGCAAAGUACCAGAUGUUGCUCCACAAAGCUUUUCUACUAUUGACAGUGCACGAUAUGUGUUUCCAGAUGGAGAAAAGUCGGUUGUUUCAAAAACAGAAGUUUACAAGUCAAGUACGCCAUAUGGUACUGAAGAAAAGAAAGUAUUUCAGACGUCGAGUUCCUCAAUGUCACAAUCGCAUUCCUCUACGAGUGAAAAGUUCAUUAAAAGUGAAUCAUCCGCUGAUAAAGUUCCAUUUCCACAUCCUGAAAUUGACAAAUCAGUGGUUUCAAGAAGAGAAGUUUUUAAAUCUUCAAGUCCAAUUAAUUUGCAAGAGCAUAUCUCUAAAUCACAUGGAAGUCAAGCUUAUAGUUCAACUUUCUCAUCUCAGUAUGGCGAUUUAGCAAGGAAAGAACCUGAAGUUGCUCCUCAGAGGUUUUCUACUAUCGACAGUGCGAAAUACGUAUUUCCAGAUGGCGAAAGCUCUGUAGUAUCAAAAACCGAAGUUUUUAAAUCAAGUACACCAUACGGAACUCAAGAAAAAAAAGUAUUUGAAACUUCAAGUUCUUCUAUGUCACAAUCAUAUACUUCUGGUAGCGAAAAAUUCGUUAAAAGCGAGUCUUCUACUGGCAAAACUGCAUUUCCUGACAUAUCUUCGAAAACCGAAAUCUUUAAAUCCAGCGAUUUAGUAAAAAGGGAACCAGUAAUUGCUCCACAGAGGUUUUCCACCGUCGAUAGUGCGAAAUACGUUUUCCCUGAUGGGGAAAAAUCUGUAGUUUCCAAAUCUGAAGUGUACAAAUCUAGUACGCCAUAUGGAACUCAAGAAAAAAAAGUAUUUCAAACUUCAGGUUCUUCUAUGUCACAAUCAUAUACUUCUGGUAGCGAAAAAUUCGUCAAAAGCGAAUCUUCUACUGGCAAAACUGCAUUUCCUGACAUAUCUUCGAAGACCGAGAUCUUUAAAUCUAGCGAUUUAGUAAAAAGGGAACCAGAAAUUGCUCCACAGAGGUUUUCCACCGUCGAUAGUGCGAGAUACGUUUUCCCAGAUGGUGAAAAAUCUGUAGUUUCCAAAUCUGAAGUGUAUAAAUCUAGCACGCCAUAUGGAACUCAAGAAAAAAAGAUAUUCCAAACAUCAAGUUCUUCGAUGUCACAAUCAUAUUCAUCUUCAGGUGAUAAAUUAAUCAAAAGUGAAUCGUCUAUUGAUAAAGGAACACAUUUCUUGCCAGAAGCACCAACUUCUCUUAUUUCGAAAACUGAAAUAAUAAGAAAGGAGACGCCAUCGGAAUUCGAAAGAAAAUCGUUUCUUCAGUCAACGUCGCAGUCGCAGUUCACCACAGAAGCGAAUAAAACGCCAUUUACAACAACCACGAUAGACAGUGCUAGUUACAGUAUACCAGAGGUUGAACGUUCUGUUGUUUCAAAAACAGAAAUUUCGAAAACAACUACACCUUACAGUCACCAAGGAGAAACAUUAACAUCCGAAAGUAAAUCUUCUGAGUCGUCUAUGUUUUCACAAAGUCAGCAAUCAUUCAUGAAAGAAACACAAGUAUCAAAAGAAUCUAAAGUUAUUACAUUGGACCAUACAACUCCGGAAGUUCCAAAAGUACCAUCAUUACCAAAAUUCAUCGUUCCGGAGGUUCCGAUUACUAGCAGAGAAGUGAUUCUUAAAACUGAUGUCAGUGGACCGGUAACCACAGAAACAAAGAAGGAGUCAUUUACUGGAGAAGCUGGAUUUCAAACAUCUUCAAAACAAUCAACAAUCGAUUUCAGUGUUAAAAAAAUUUACAAAGGUGGAGAAUCCGAGACAAAAAAGGAAAUACAGCAUACCCCAGUACCUAGCACUUACAAACGAUACGAGGAAAUUAGCAAACCAGCCAUUGACACGGGUUACAAAACAUCAACUUUUCAAAAAGAAACGAAAAUCGUAAGUUCAGAAAUACCAACAAAAUUUUCGGAAACAACGACUACUAAAGAAGAGUUUGUUUUAAAACCUGAACCUCCUCCAGAAAUCUGCUACGCUCCAAUUCCUGAAACCCACGAAGACACAACUAUCAAGACAACCAGAAUAGAAAAUCACACCGAAUUUCCUUCUACAGAUCAAACCGUUGAGACGAAAAGUUUUGCCAGCGCGCAGAAACACUUUCAAGAGCUGAGCAAAAAAGAAGAAACUCAUUCAUCUAGAAAAUUCGAAACAGCAGAAAGUGUGCAUAAAAGAACUAGAUCCGCCUCUCCCAAACCCAAUGAAGGAGCAAUUGCAAUGGAGAAAUUGUGGACAAAACAAAAAUCAUUUGAAUAUGAUACAUCCCCAUCUGUGUCGUCUUCUUAUUCACAUAUAGUUGAACAACAGCAAGCAACUGCACCUCGUCCCAUAUCAGCCUUAUCUGUUAGCUCUCAAGAGCAAUCAUUUGAGAAGACACACGAAGAAAAGUCGUACUCAACACAAAGCACGUUGGAAAGGAAGUGGGCUCCGUUUGAAAAAAAGCGUGAAUCUCGUUUUGAAAAGACAAAGAUUGUGUCUGCUCCUGAACCGAUACAUUAUGUUGCUGAAGUAACUGGUCUUCAGCAUCAAUUUAAACAUGACUCAUUUCAAGAAGCAACUCACUCGGAAGGUAAAUAUUUAAAAGAUGAGAUAUCAAAAGAGUACAGAGAAGAAAUCAAAGAUAUAAACAAUAUUAAGCUGUCUCAAUUAAAAAAAACUUGGCCGCCGCCAAGCUCAGAAGAGCAUGUUUUAACAAGCACUAGUAAAAUAAUUUCUGCUUCAUCAUCCACAACUCCAUCAGUUCAUUCAUUAUCAGUUAGGCCCGUUUCAGUCCAAGAUAUUACAGACGAAGUAUAUUUAGAACCUGGACCACCUCCAGAAAUCGGUUAUGCUCCUCCAGUAGAGAGACGCCAAUCAUAUGUUGAAUUAAUAGAACAAGACUUAGAAAGAAAUUUAGAAAAAGAACCCGCCAAAUUGCCCGCUGGAGCUGUCCGCACCAUCCCGCCGCCUCUUCCGCCUAAAAAUGAGCAAUACCAACCGCCCCCAAUUCCUGCAAAACCAAUUAAAUUUGUUGAGCCACCGAAAAAGGUAAAAAAAGACGUAGAAUCAAAACCAUUCGAAAGGUUCCCUGAUCUUGAACCGUUCCCGUUUUCACCCGAACCGGAAAAACCAAAACCACUAAAAGCUGGUCCUCCACCGACACCUUCGAAGUUUGUUAAAGGCAGAUUUACUGACAGUGAUUAUGAAAGUGACAUUGAGGCAGUGCGAAUUCCUGCAAAAUGGAAACCAUCUGUGAGUGACACCGAAGAACCUUCGUAUAAAAAGGUACGACCACCGACGGUUUCACCUUCAUUUCGUUCUCGGUCAGUUGAACCUGAACCUUUACCUCCAUCGAAAUUUGAUCAGCCACCAGAAUCAAGUGGCCCUCCUAGGCCAACAAUUGACUUCCGAAAAACGAUAAAACGAGAUGCAGCAUUGGAAAGAAAAUUAGCGAGGCACAGUUUCCCAAAGGCACAGGAAUCUCCUAGACAACCAGUUGCUCCUACGGAACCUGUACUUAAACCCGGAUCUCCACCUAUCUUCAUGGAGGCACCACCACCACCAAGACAAAAGCCAGAAUCCCCCAAAGUCAAACAUAAACCUGUUAUAGAUGGUUAUAUGGCAGACACUGACGAACCAAGAACUUUGGUCAGAAAAACCUUUAAAGAGGACAACCUUAAAACGGAACAGAAACAAACGCUGUAUUCCGAUGCUAACUUUCAGAAAUCAUAUGAGCAAACCCGAACAUCGCAUGCGCCACCUCCAAGAAUAUACAAGAAACAUAUAUCAUCUUCGACGAAAAAGGAAUUAGUUUCGACCCCCAUAAUAACGAAUAUUUCAACGACCGAAACUGUUACCGAAAAGCAGGACAGAAGCGAGACAAGAGAAUCGUACAACUAUCAAACAGAGUGUUCUAAACCCAAAAAAAUGCGUGGCCCUCCUCCGCCUAGUCCUUCAAAGUUUGUAAAAGGCGAAUUCCGCGAGAGCGAUUACGAGAGUGACUACGACGGUAAAAAAAUCCCACCAGUUUGGACUCCUCAAGACACCUCAGUCGAAAAAACGUAUAAGCCAGUCAGACCCAUACUUACACCCAGCGGACGUCAUUCGCAGGCGUCAACUGGUAGGAGAACACCAACUCCACCAACGGAAUUUGACAAUCCACCUCAGAUCACCGGCCCUCCCAGACCCAAAUUCGAACCCAUUGAAAAACCGGCACCAACUCUUAAAGUUGAUAAAUUCAUGAAGCAUGAAGAGAAGAAACAAGUAGUUCAUAAACCAAAACCUGUCGCGGCAAAACCACAACCAAUUGCAGACGUGAUCAUCGCUACACCUGCAGCACCUGAGCGAGAGAUAUGUCUUCAACCAGGCACUCCACCAGAAAUAGGUUUUGCUCCAGGACCACAGGCAACCCAGUACUAUAAAUCAACAACAAGCACACCGUAUCACAAUGCUGUACAAACUGAAACAUCGAACGUAAUGCACUUUAAAGAAUCCACAGAAAACAGUCAACGAACUGUAAGUUUACAACAAACAAGGAAGGUUAUAACUUUCGGAAAGCAAGAUUCUUCCUCUUUAUCUCAAUACACGUCUGAAAGAAGACGAAGUGCUCCUCCGCCAACCAGGCCCAAAAAAUUCAUUCCUGGAGAGUUUAGAGAAAGUGACUACGAAAGCGAAGUUGAAACAGCGAAAAUAAGGCCGCUUUGGGUACCAUCAGAAAGUGAUAAUGAAGAACCCCGUUAUAGAAAAGUAAAGCCACCUCAACCAACCAGGUCCUUGAGUCUUUCAGGAGCCGGAAACGAAUAUUCGUCUUCAGUAGAAACUAAAAGUAGCAGCAGACAAGAAAGUAGUCAAUCAUCGUACUACCACAAAAUGUCAAAAGAAGAAUCUUCCAGAAAUCAAUCUUCGAAACAAUCAGAAUCUUCCAAAGAAUUAGUAUAUCAACCCGGACCUCGACCGGAAUAUGGAUACAUGCCUGAAAAAAUAGCAAAAUCAGAAGCGACUAAGUUGGCCUCAAAACAUAUGGAAGAUAUGACGCAUUCGUUUAAAUCCAAAACACAAAACUUCGUGUCUGAUAUCAUGAGCGAUAUUAGUAAGAAGAAAACUUCUUCAACAACUGACAAAAGAAAUGGCGAAACGGACGCACAAGUUUAUCGGGAAGACUCUCGUGCAGCACAAUAUGGUACUAAACAUGUCGAUCCUGACACUGGGUUAAUCUAUUUCAAGUACGAUUUUGGUUAUGAGUUUGGAAUUAUUCUUCCCGGUGAGGGUAAAAGUGGGGAAAUACCUGUUCCUAAAAAGACAAUAAUAGAACCCCCUAAGAGAAGUCGCGAUAUUGAAAUGCCCGUUUACCAUGAAACCACAAAGUCCCAGGGUGCGCCCCCCAAUAAACUCACCGUUCCCACUAAAACGGUCAGAUGGGAACCAACAUCGGAAAGUGAAAUGUCCGAAUACGAGAGUGACGGAAGAAAAAAGGGAAUCGGAAAUCGUUGGGAACAAUCCUCAGCUAGUCCUGUAUCUCUUUCGCCAAGCCUUCCUAGCACUUCUCCGGCAUUUAAUCAAUAUGGAUCUGGACGAGGAGUGGAAACUCCAACUAGUACACCUGGAACAAGUACACCAGGUAGUACUUCUGCCAGUUAUUCUACGAAGAAGAAUAUGCAAGCUCAAAGAGCACCAUUAUUCAUUACGCCACUACGUGACAUUGCCGUGGUGAAGGGCCAACCAGCAAGAUUUGAAUGCAUAGUUCAAUCUGAAACGACUCCAACUGUGCUAUGGUCAAAAGAUGGAAUGGUUAUUUCUAAUACUCCCAAUCACCAGCUCUUCUUUCGGAAUGGAGUAUGUCGACUUACUAUACCACAGGCUUAUCCAGAUGACGCUGGUACUUAUAGCUGCACUGCAACGAAUCCUGUGGGAGCUGUUAGCACGUCUGCGACCCUACAAGUUCCAGGUGAGAGGCGUUCACAAAACGACGAAAUGAAUCGACAACAGCAGCAGCAACAAUCGACUCAGAAGAGUCAACAGACUCAGCAGAGCAGUCAGACUCGCCAGAGUCAGACGCACGAGAGUCAACAGACUCAACAGACUCAGCAGACUAUGCGGACCGAGCAACAUGUUCGACAAGUUACAGUUCACGGAGGGCAACUCGGACAAUCCGAAAUCCAACAGUUGGGUUUCGGGCCGAACGCAUCUCCUCCAGUGUUCGAGAAAGUCUUCAGUAAUGCUCGGUUUGCUCAAGGAGGCAAUGCCACAUUUGACGGUCGCAUUGUCGGUAAACCUCAGCCUACAGUAUCGUGGACCCGAAAGGGAGCACCCCUAGCAGAUUCUAGCAAAUACAAAGUUACUUAUAACGAACGAACGGGAGACAUAACAUUGACAAUAUAUAACAUAGGACCUGGAGAUGAAGGCGAAUACGUUUGCACCGCCAAAAAUCAACACGGAGAAGCCGUAUGUUCGGUAUACAUCCAGCCCGAAGGGUUACAAAUGCCUAGAUUAGGUGGAAUGCAAAAAACCGAAAGUUACCAAAAAUACGAAUCAUCUUACAGUAACGGUGUAACCGAGGAAUUUAAAGUAGAUAUAUUCGAAUAUCGUCUUUUGAGGGAAGUUUCCUUCAGAGAAUCGGUGACGAAACGCUUUGUAGGUGAAACAGAUACCCAAAUUUCGACUACCAUCGAAAAAUCAUUGGGACCUGCAGCCCCACCGCAAAUAUCUCAAAAACCACGCAAUUCUAAGCUUCUCGAAGGUUCAGACGCAGUUUUCAGUGCCAAGGUAUCCGCUAAUCCUAAACCAAGGUUAACAUGGUUUAAGGAUGGUAAACGUGUAACACAAUCCAACAAAUACGAAACCAGUUACUCAAACAACCAAGCGACCCUACGGGUCAAGCAAUCUCAAUCCGAUGAUUCGGGACAUUACACACUUUUAGCAGAGAACCCUCAAGGAGCCGUAGUUUCAUCAGCGUACUUGGCUAUUGAACCAGUAACUACACAAGAAGGACUGAUUCAGGAUACUUUCAAAGCCCAACCAGUCGAAGAACCUUCAGAUACAGCCAAAACCUUAGCUCCAAACUUCGUAAGGGUAUGUGGUGAUCGCGAUGUCACUGAAGGAAAAAUGACACGUUUUGACUGCCGCGUUACUGGCAGACCAUAUCCUGACGUAACAUGGUACAUAAAUGGUCGACAAGUCGUCGACGAUCACACCCACAAGAUAUUAGUAAACGAAUCUGGUAACCAUGCCCUGAUGAUAACGAAUGUCGGACGAAACGAUUCAGGUGUUGUCACUUGCGUGGCCCGAAACAAAACCGGAGAAACUUCUUUCCAAUGCAACCUGAAUGUCAUCGAAAAAGAACAAGUUGUCGCUCCCAAAUUUGUCGAACGAUUCACGACCCUUAGUGUUAAGGAAGGAGAACCCGUAGUCUUUAAUGCCCGUGCUGUUGGCACCCCCACACCACGAAUCACUUGGCAGAAGGACGGUGUUCCAAUAACCCCAACUCCUGAUGUGCGCAUUUCAAUCGACGGUGGAGCCUCUACUUUAGAUAUACCGCGAGCCAAGGCGUCGGAUGCUGCAUGGUAUCAAUGCACCGCCCAAAAUGUAGCCGGCUCCACUGCGACGAGGGCUCGUCUCUUUGUGGAAGUCCCGCAAGGACCAACUCCAGAGCCCAGACGCUUACAUCUACCGCGACCAACCAAAAUAAUCGAACCAGAACCGGAACCUGGCCCAGAAGUGAUCUACUUACGUCAUCUUGAACCUACAAGACCUUACCAGCCUGGUCCUGAAGAAGAUAAAAUUUAUCCACCUCCUCAGUUCAUCAUUCCUUUGCAAGACAUUGUUCAAAUUGAAGGAGGAAAAAUUCACUUUGAGGCCAGAAUCGAACCGGUUGGCGACCCCACAAUGCGUGUGGAAUGGUUUUUGAAUGGAAAAGCUAUGCAAGCAAGUUCCCGAGCAAAUGCUAUUUUCCGUUUCGGCUUCAUAGCCCUAGACUUACUUAGUGUGACGACGCGCGACAGUGGUGAAUAUAUCUGUCGUGCAACAAGCGCAACCGGAAGUGCAGAAUCUCGUGCAAUCUUGCGCGUACAACCCCGGGCAAGCAUUGAGAAAACGAGUCAGCACCCUGACAGUCUCCAAUACAUUCAACAACUUGAGGAUUACUCCAAAUAUCAACGAAGUGAAAGUUUAGACGAACAAACGAACCAGAAACCUCACUUCAUCCGACCACUCCAAGAUUUAGGGCAACUUCAGGAGGGUCGAAAUGCACAUUUCGAAGCCCAACUGACCCCCGUAAGCGAUCCAACAAUGAGAGUGGAGUGGUACAAGGAUGGAAGGCCUAUUACAGCCAGUUCCAGAAUUUCCACAAUUUUCAACUUCGGCUACGUUUCCCUCAACAUAAUGCACCUACGGGCCGAAGACACAGGUUCAUACACCGUACGGGCUGUAAAUCGAAUGGGUGAAGCCCUUAGCACGGCUACCCUUCAAGUUCAAGUUCGUUCUACUGUCACUUCUGAUUUAGGAAUCCCUGAACAACAACGAUAUAUUGAAAAAGUAAAUGAAUUGGAGGCUUACCAACAACAACAGCAUCAACAAAAAUACGUGCAAGAAACUCCUGAGAGUUUAUACCCUCCAGAAUUUAAAACCCCUAUCAAAGAUCAACAUGGUGUUAGAGAGGGAGGUUUUGCUCAUUUCGAAGCUAGACUCGAACCAACCGGAGACUCAACAUUAAGAGUUGAGUGGUAUAAAGAUGGAAAACCAGUUGAAGCUAGCUCGAGAAUAACAACAUUCUUCAAUUUCGGUUAUGUCGCGCUUACCAUUAAAGCAGUAACAAUUCACGAUGUCGGUAAUUACACUUGCCGUGCAUACAACUCAAUAGGAGAAGCAACUACAACCGCUCAGCUAAGCGUUAUAAGCAAGAAAGAUAUAAUUUUCGACUCACAACAUCCUGAAGGUUUAGAAAAGAUUCAACAUUUAGAAGACACUAGCAGAUACACUCGUAAAACUGACGAGGAAGUGUCGGUACUACAAAAACCAAGAUUCCUGGGACCACUGAAAGGCACUAACAAAAUUGUUGAAAGCCAACGUGGUCACUUUGAGGCUAGAGUUGAACCACAGAGUGACGCAUCUCUUAGAAUUGAAUGGUACCACAAUGGAAAAUUAAUUGAAAGUGCCAACAGAAUUCAAACAUAUCACGAUUUUGGGUACGUUGCCUUAGACAUUCUCAGUGUCAGAGCCCAAGACGCUGGUACUUAUACCGUCGUAGCGCGCAACUCAUUGGGUGAAGCUCAGGUUUCAGCAAAUAUGGUUGUAGAAACUCGUGCCAGCAUUGACACCUCCAGUAUGCACAAGACUGCAUACGAUAAAACCCAAAGAUUGGAAGAGUCAAAAUUUAUCGAACCCCAAUAUCAAAUUGAGGAAAUAUCCAAAUCAAAACCAAUUUUCAUUCAACCACUGACUGACGUUCCUCCACUUACUGAAGGCAAAAAUAUUCACCUCGAAUGCAGAUUGGAACCAAUGGGAGAUCCCACAAUGAGAGUAGAAUGGUUCUGUAACGGAAAACCUGUUACUGUUGGUUCUAGAUUUAGAACUUAUAACGACUUUGGAUUCGUAGCUCUCGAUAUCAUUCAUGCUACAGCAACAGACUCAGGAGAGUACACUGUAAGAGCUACAAACCACCUGGGAUCUGCCCACACAUCUUCUUGUGUUCGUGUAAUUUCAAAAUCCGAUAUAAUAACUGACACUCAACACGAACAGUCUUUAGAACAGAUACAAAUGCUGGAAGAUUCCUCCAGAAAGCGCAGAAUGGAAACAGAAGAUGUCACUAUUCUACAGGCUCCACAAUUUACAAGAGCGCUACAUAACAUCGAAACUGUUGAAGGGACUAAUGUACAUUUAGAAUGCCGUCUUCAACCAGUCGGCGAUUCAACCAUGAAAGUAGAUUGGUUUGUCAACGGACGACCAGUCAAAACUGGACAUCGUUUCAGACCUGCUUAUGACUUUGACUAUGUAGCACUUGACUUACUAAGUGUAUACCCUGAAGAUUCGGGAAUUUAUACAUGUCAAGCCAGAAACCAACUAGGAGAAGCUGUCACCUCUUGCUCCGUAAAAGUUAUAGCAAAAAAGGAUUUAAUUCUUGAAACACAACACCCUUCAGGUUUAGAAAAAAUCCAACAACUAGAGGAUACUUCUCGUUAUAAACGCCAAGAAUAUAUUGAUGAAAUAGUCAACGUUAAACCAAGAUUUAUUACAAAGCCAAAAAGUUUAGAAAACAUGCGCGAAGGGCAGCACGCUCAUUUUGAGUGUAAAAUUGAGCCAGUCACAGACUCCAAUUUAAAAGUUGAAUGGUUUAAAAACGGUAGACCAAUCACCAUAGGACACAGAUUCCGUCCAAUCCACGACUUUGGAUAUGUUGCUUUGGACGUAAUUGAUCUAAUCGCCGAAGAUUCUGGAACGUACACGUGUCGUGCAGUAAACUUAGUCGGACGAGACGAAGUCUCCUGUAAUCUCGUAUGCCGGAGCAGCCAGCAGAUCAUUUAUGACACGCAAAACGAGUUAGGUCUUGAAAAAAUCCACCAUUUAGAAGACCGUACUCGCUAUCAAAGAAGAGAAGAUGUCGAAGAAGUUACAACACAAGCGCCUACAUUUACAUCUUCUCUAAAAAACGUAGAUAUUAAAGAAGGUCAAAGAGCACAUUUUGAAUGUCGUCUUAUACCCGUAUCCGAUUCUACCAUGAAAGUAGAAUGGCUUCACAAUAACCAACCAUUAAAAUCCGGGUCAAGAUUCACCGAAACCAACAACUUCGGUUUCGUAGCUCUUGACAUUCUGUAUGCUUAUCCAGAAGAUGCUGGCACUUACACAUGCCGGGCAGUUAAUGCCCUUGGCGAAGCAGUUACAUCUGCAGUAUGCGUAGUCAGAUCAAAAAAGUCAAUCGUGAGCGAAACCGUUCAUGAAGGUGCCCUUGAAAAAAUACAUGUUUUGGAAGAUCAAUCACGUUAUCAACGCCAAGCCGUCCAAGAAGAAACAAUCAGUCAAACCCCUGUUUUUACAAUGCCUAUUAAAGAUUUAAGAGUAGCUGAAAACCAGGCUGCUCAUUUUGAAGCACGACUGAUUCCAGUUGGAGACUCAAAAUUGAAAGUCGAAUGGUUACGCAAUGGCGUUCCAAUCCAAGCUUCUAAUCGCAUAACUACCAUGCACGACUUCGGUUAUGUUGCCCUAAAUAUGAAAUAUGUUAAUCCAGAAGACUCUGGAACAUACACUUGCCGCGCUGUAAACGAUUUAGGUGAAGCUGUUACGACAGCUACUAUGUUUGUUCAAUCAAAAGCAUCGCUUCAACUAGAAACUCAACAUGAAGCCGCUCUACAAAAAUUAAGACAAUUGGAACAAUCAUCCAAAUAUACUCGACGUGAAGAACAAGAAGUGGUUGCAACCCAAGCCCCAAGAUUUACUACACAAUUAAACGGACCAACAGAAAUCUUUGAAGGACAAAGUGCCCACUACGAAUGCCGUAUCGAACCCUAUCCUGACGCCGAUUUGAAAGUAGAAUGGUUCCACAAUGGAAAACCGCUUACUACAGGGCACAGGUUCCGAACCGCAUACGAUUUUGGCUUUGCAAGUUUAGACAUUCUUACCGUGUACGGAGAAGAUGCUGGAGAAUACACAUGCAGAGCUACCAACCGUUUAGGUCAAGCUACAUCCUCGAUCGUAACCAGUGUAAAGACAAAAGCGUCAAUUAUACGCGACACUCAACAUGAAGGUGCUCUACAAAAGAUACAAUAUCUCGAAGAUGACUCGAAAUACAAGAAAACUGCCAGAGAGGAUGCCAUAGUCUUAGAAAAGCCUCAGUUUGGAAGAGGCCUGAAAAAUAUUGAAAAUCUACCGGAAGGCUUAAGUGCCCACUUAGAAGCUACCCUAACACCUGUUAAUGAUGCUACCAUGAAAGUGGAAUGGUUUUGUAAUGGCAGACCAAUCCAAACCGGACAUAGGUUCAAAACAACCUAUGACUUCGGAUACGUUGCCCUCGACAUUCUUUAUGCAUACGCUGAAGAUUCUGGCACGUACAUGUGCAGAGCGAGAAAUGCAGUUGGAGAAGCAGUUACAACAGCGUCAGUAAAUGUUGUUGCUAAGUCCGGCCUUGAACUUCAAACUCUGGACGAACAACGUUUAAGAAAAAUUCGAGAAUUAGAAACGUAUGAAAGACCACAGAAACAGGAAAUUGAACCAGCACCACAAAGACCAGUUUUCCUUACACCUUUGAUAAGUUUGGACAAUCUUAAAGAAGGUGACCAUGCUCAUUUGGAAUGCCGCGUUGAACCAAUUAACGAUGCCAAUCUAAGAAUCGAAUGGUUUGUAAAUGGAGUCAAACUGAAGACAGGACAUAGAUUCAGAACAACUCACGACUUUGGUUACGUAGCUUUGGACAUUCUUUACACUUACCCAGAAGACAGCGGAACGUACAUGUGUAAAGCUAUAAACUUAGUUGGCGAAGCUGUAAACACAUGUACCAUAAAUGUGGGAAGUCGCCGAAGCAUCAUCCUGGAAACACAACAUCCAGAGGGUCUAGAAAAGAUCCGUGAAUUAGAAUCCCAAGGACACCCAGCUAGAUUAGAAAUCGAAGAACCAGAACCAACUCCUCCCAGAUUUAUUACCGAACUCAGAGGUACCACCCAAGUUUACGAAGGUCAAACCGCUCACUUCGAAGCACAAGUAGAACCUAUUCACGAUUCAAAUCUAAGAAUAGAGUUCUAUCACAAUGGAAAACCGUUACCAUCUGCUUCAAGAUUCCACAUCACAUUUGAUUUCGGAUAUAUCGCUUUGGAUAUUGGCCACUGCGUUCCAGAAGAUGCAGGAGAAUACUCUGUUAAAGCCGUAAACAACUUAGGACAAUGUGUUUCUAGCCUUAAUCUUACUGUUAUUGCAAAGAGCAGCAUUAUCUUGGAUUCACAAAGACCCGAAGGGCUAGAGAAAAUCAGACAACUUGAAGAACAAACUCCGUUCAAGCGUCCAGAAAUUGAAGAACCCGUCACUAGACAACGUCCCGUAUUUACUCAACCUCUUCAAAAUAUCGACGGAAUUAUUGAAGGUCAAACAGCUCACUUCGAAUGUCGUCUUAUUCCUGUGGGAGACCCAACUUUGAAAGUGGAAUGGUUCAGGAACGACAAGUUAAUUGAAGACAGUUCAAGAAUCACAAAAGUUCAUGACUUCGGUUACGUAUCAUUGGACAUUAAACAAAUACGUACCGAUGACGCAGGUGUAUACAUGUGCAGGGCUUCUAACCCUCUUGGGGAAGCCGUUACGACUGCAUCUAUGAAAAUUAGAACCGAAGCAAGUAUACAGCUAGAAACACAACAUCCCGAAGGAAUGAAAAAGAUUCAGCAACUUGAACAACCCGCAGCACCACGUCCUGAAGAGGCUGAACGUGUAUUUGAGAAGCCAAUCUUCACACAAUUACUGACUGGACCGACUGAACUUUGGGAGGGACAACACGCUCAUUUCGAAGCAAGAGUUGUUCCAGUGGGCGAUGCCAGUUUAAGAUUUGAGUGGUACGUCAAUGGAGUCGAGUUGAAAUUAGGAUCUCGUAUCCGUGUAAACCACGACUUCGGAUUUGUGACUCUAGACAUCAUGUCCACAGUUCCAGAUGAUUCUGGAGUUUACACUUGUAAGGCGAUAAACAAAUCGGGCGAAGCCGUUUCAUCGAUUUCAAUGAAGGUUAAGUCAAGAUCAAGUAUCAUUGGCGAAACACUUCACAAAGAUGCUUGGGAAAAGAUCCAACUUAAAGAGGCGGAAAUGAACAAAGUUCCGGAAAUGUUUGUUGACACAACACCUCAGCAAGCUCCUGUCUUCACAACUCAUCUUCAAAGUUACGAUAAACUGGUCGAAGGUCAACACGUCUUCUUAGAAGCACAAGUAGAACCACGUGCUGAUCCAAACCUCAGAAUAGAAUGGUUCAAAAAUGGAAUAUCAUUAACCACCGGAGCCCGUUUAAAGAGUACAUUUGAUUUUGGUCAUGUGACAUUAUCUAUAAACGGUCUGAGAGCAGACGACUCCGCUAUUUACACCUGUAAAGCCACAAACUUGUUAGGAGAAGCUGUUUCUACAUGUUCUCUCAAAAUAGAAGAUAAGCAUUGGUUAAUGGGGCAAACAUUACAUCCCGAUGCCAUACCAAAACUUGAAGCUUUAGAAAAAACUCCAGAGUCAAAGCCGGAAGCUCCUGAGCCUACUUACGAAUCUCCCAUAUUUAUAUCACACCUGAAUAACGUAGAAUGCACUGAAGGAGACAACGUUCAUUUCGAGUGCACAGUAGAACCUUCCAAAGACCCGACAAUGAAGAUCGAAUGGUUUGUAAAUGGGAGACCUCUACCAAGUGGUUCACGAUUUAAAUCAACCUAUGACUUUGGAUAUGUCGCGUUAGAUCUCGUACACGCUUACGACACAGACUCCGGAAUAUACACAUGCAAAGCCACCAACAGCAAAGGAUCUGCAACAACGUCAGGUUCCUUACGCUGCACAGCUAAAAAGGAUAUUUACCUAGACACGCAACAUCCGCAAGGAGAGAAAGGUUUGGAAGCUGUCAAAGACGUUGAGGACGCAUUCGCAAGCAAAUACGCUCGGCAACCAUCUGGAGCGGAAGCACAAUUCCCUAAACCCAUAUGGAUCAUACCGCUACAACCGGAAUUCAACAUCACAGAAGCCAAUCCGCUACACUUAGAAGCAACCGUAGAACCAAAGGACGAUCCUAACCUUAAAAUUGAAUGGUUCGUCAAUGGAAAAUCGCUAGAUCAUGGAUCUAGAUUUAAACUUGCAAACGACUUUGGAUUCGUUACCUUAGAUCUGAGAGAUACAUAUGAACGCGAUCAAGGUAUCUACACUUGCAAAGCUUCAAACUUGGCUGGAGAAGCUUUCACUUCAACAACAAUCUACUGCACCACGAAAGCUUCCUUGAUCGAAAGAACACAACAUCCUAAAGGACAAGAAGGCUUGGAAAAGAUCCAAGACUUGGAAGACUCCUUGAAACGUGGAGAAACCCGCCCUCCGGAAGUUGAAGAUGGUCACGCACCGGUUUUCACUUCGGAAUUUACUCACCUUGUAAAUUUGAGCGAAGGAGAAAUUGCUCAUUUCGAAGCAGGGCUUACACCAAUUGGAGAUCAAACAAUGGUUGUUGAGUGGUUCUACAAUGGAAAGACCAUUGAUGCAAGUCACAGAUUUAGAACGGUUCACGCGUUCGGCAUGGUAGUUCUUGAAGUUCUUGGUACCAAAAUUGAAGACUCUGGUACCUACACUUGUGUAGCAACAAACAAAUGGGGCAAAGCAGAACAGAGCGUUACACUUGAAUGUGUUGAUAAAUAUAAGGGUCAGAAACCCCGCUUCACAACUCAAAUUAAGGAUAUAAUGGGAGUUAAAGAUGGGGAAGCUGCACAUUUUGAAUGUACAGUGGUCCCAACUAACGAUCCUAACUUGAAAAUUGAAUGGUUCCACAAUGGCCAACCACUUCUUCAAUCGUCUCGAAUUAAAACUGUAUCCGACUUUGGAUUUGUUGUUAUGGAUAUUUCCUAUGUUCAAAGUCACGUCGAUUCUGGCGAAUAUGUUUGCAAAGCCAGCAACAAGUUUGGCGAAGACUUCACAAAGGCAACAAUAUCAGCCCUUGGCAGGAGCGGCGUAUUCUUGGAUAGUUUACAGCCAGAUUCUCUCGAUAAGAUUAGACAAUUAGAAAGUCAACAAAGGCAACAACCCCAGACACCUACAACACCUAUUACUGAGCCUCCUAAAUUCAUUACUCAAAUCCAAGAUGUUACAAAACUAGUAGAAGGGCAAAGCGCACACUUUGAAGCACGAUUAACGCCUGUUACCGAUCCAGAUCUUGUAGUCGAAUGGUACUACAAUGGUAAAAAAUUACCCCAUGGUCACCGAUACCGUACAUUCCACGACUUUGGAAUUGUAAUUCUGGAUAUUCUCUACUGCUAUGAAGAAAAUUCGGGCGUUUACGAAUGCAGGGCUUAUAACAAAUACGGUGAAGAUUCCACCAAAGCAACACUCAAAUGUGUCUCAAAAGCCAACUUAAUCCUGGACUCGCAACUACCGCGGGGCAUGGAAGGAGGCUUGGAAAAAAUUCAAACACUUGAAGAUUCACUUAUUAGACAAAAACACGAAGACGUCACUGAAGAAAAAGGCAGAGCACCUGUAUUUACUGUGCCCUUAUCCAACAUUGACAACUUACGUGAAGGAGAAAGCGCUCAUUUUGAAGGUCGGCUAAUUCCAACCGAUGAUGCAAAAUUGAAAGUAGAAUGGUUCUGGAAUGGAAAACCGUUAAGAACUGGUUCAAGAUUCCGUACAUUCUGCGACUUCGGCUUUGUUAUCUUGGAAAUAUCGCCUGUUUAUCCAGAGGACUCUGGAGAAUAUUCUUGCAGAGCAAUCAACGAAUAUGGAGAAGCAGUAACAAAUGCAUCAAUGAAAGUACAAGGCAAAAGAAGUAUCAUUUUGGAAUCACAACUACCAAAAGGAAUGGAAAAUACUAUCGAUAAAAUAGCAGAACUCGAAGGUCUUGGCUCGGCACCAGCUCCACCUUCGCCUGAAGAAGAUGAAGGAAAACCACCAGAAUUCAUCACUACACCUUCUGACCUUACCCUCUCCGAAAACUCUUUGGCACACUUUGAAUGCAGACUUACACCUGUUAACGAUUCUAGUAUGCGAGUGGAAUGGUUCCACAAUGGAAAAGCCCUUUGGGCAGGUUCAAGAAUCAAGACUAUUAACGACUUUGGAUUUGUCAUUCUUGAAAUCGCAGGUGUUUAUCAACGCGAUUCGGGAUUGUAUACCUGCAAAGCUACAAAUAAACAUGGCGAAGCUACAGUUUCUUGCAAACUAUCCGUUAGAGGAAGACAAGGAAUUAUCCUUGAACCUCAAUUACCUACUGACUUCCGAACAGGAACCGAAAGCAUUCAAAGACUCGAAGAAACGUUGCAUAAGAAGGACGAAAUACUGCCAGAAGAAGAAACGCCAAACCCACCCAGAUUUAUUGUGGAGAUUAAAGACAAUAUUGACGUUCCUGAGGGUGGCCCGAUCCAUUUCGAUUGCAAAGUUGAGCCUACAAACGACUCAACGAUGAGAAUUGAAUGGUUCCACAACGGCAAACCAUUUGCUACAGGCUCACGCGUUCACCAAAUUAACGAUUUCGGAUUUAUUUCCCUUGACAUUGACUAUUCAUAUGCACGCGAUGCUGGUGAAUAUAUUUGUAGAGCUACAAACAAAUGGGGCUCUGCAAUCACUAAAGCCACCGUGACCUGCACGUCGAAACAUAACAUUGAUACAGAUUCACAACUUCCAAGCGGCAUGAGUGCUGAAAAAUUAAAAGAACUAGAAAAGGGUCACGUUACCGAACCACCAAAAGAGGACGAACCCAUCCGCUCACCACCUAAAUUUAUUACCCACAUUACAUCAGCUACUGUUGAAGAGGCCGAAUCGGUGAGAUUUGAAUGUCGUGUGGAACCAAAAGAAGAUCCAAAAUUAAGAAUCGAAUGGUACAGAAACGGAAAAUUACUGCCCGCUGGUCAUCGUUAUAGAACAAUGUACGAUAUGGGUUUCGUAUCAUUGGACAUAUUGUACGUAUAUCCUGAAGAUUCUGGCGAGUAUGUGUGCCGAGCUGUUAAUGAUUACGGCGAAGACUUUACAAAAGCCACGGUAUCUUGUAAGAAACUGCCCAACAUCGUUCUGCAAAACCAAGUUCCUAAGGGAAUGAAGAGGUCUGAAACACUAAUGCAAAUGGAGGCCGCAAUCAAGAAGUAUACUUCAGAAAUUUACCUUACCGAAGAUGAUUUAUACGAUCCCGAUAAGAAACAACCUCCACGGUUUGUUACUCAAAUCAAAGACCAAACAGAGUUAGUGGAGAUGAACACCAGCAAGUUCGAAUGUCAACUGGCACCAGUUGGCGAUCCCAACAUGAAAGUGGAAUGGUUCCUUAACGGAAAACCAUUACCCCACAAAAAUCGCUUCACACCCAUUUACGACUUCGGUUACGUCGCCAUGAACUUCGGAUGGGUUUACCCCGAGGACAGUGGCGAAUAUGUAUGCCGUGCUACUAAUCUUUACGGAAUGGAUGAAACCAGAGCAAUCAUCCGAACAACCGGUAAACCAGGAAUCAUAUACGAUUCUCAACUGCCGAAAGGAAUGAAGAGCAUUGAAAGAAUUAGAGAAUUAGAAGCCGCAUGGCAAGUGGUUCCUGAAGAAGUCGAAGAAGAAUCUAAACCACGAUCUGCACCAGUAUUUGUGAGCAAACCAGAACCAUGCACAGUAGAGGAAGGCGGCUGGGCAAGAUUCUGCUGCCGUGUCACUGGACAUCCUCGUCCGCGUGUGAUGUGGUUGAUCAAUGGUCACACUGUGGUAAAUGGAUCACGUUAUAAACUUACCUAUGACGGAAUGUACCACAUGGAUAUCCCAAAGACCCGACAAUAUGACACGGGAAAAAUAGAGGUCAUUGCACGUAGCUCCGUGGGAGAAGCUAUAGCCGAAACGGAAUUGACAAUCGUUGCUAGACACGAUGACUACAGAAGUGUGCUGAAAAAUUCACCGAGACCUUGGUACGACAGCGAAUUGUCACAAUACCAAAAAGAACGUCAAGAAACCGAACUCGAACGCAUUUUCGAAGAACGUCACACAGCACUCCAGGAAGGAGAGUUCAAUCCUUCAACUAUUCACGUUCAACCGAAGAUUUACAAGGACGCCGAAGCAGAAUGGCAACAACAAGUGAAACAAAAGAAAGGUGAAGAUUAUUACAGUAAAAUACAAGAAUUGGAAAACGAACAAGUCACAAAAGAAGUUCGACUACGAGAAUCAACUCACCAGUAUGCAAUUCCUGGUGAAAAGAUUGUCAACAGCAGUGUUGCCAAAGGAAUGGCCCAAAGAUACGAAGAAACCUUGGAAGUACAGCCUGAAGAAGUAAGUCUCCGAGAAACAGACAAGAGCAAAGUUCAGCGCACUACUGAGUACCAAAUUGAUUCCAAAAAGGGUGCCUACCCUCCCGACCCAACCCAAUCGGCAGUACACGGAAGGGAAGUGUACGUUACAAAACAGAAACAGGUACAAAAGGAGAAAGCCGGAGAUACAGAAAUUACUAGAAACAUAACAGCUACUGAAACGACUGAUGUAGAGCACAAAGCACUGACACAGGAGCGCGUAGUUCAAGGUCAGGCAAAACCCAGCAAACCGCCCUUCUUCACAAAGAAAAUACAACCCUGCAGAGUUUUCGAAAACGAACAAGCCAGAUUCGAAGUCGAAUUUGAUGGUGAUCCAUUACCUGCCAUCAAAUGGUUCAGGGAAGAUUUCCCAAUCACUAGUUCUCCCGAUUUCAAAAUCUACACCAUGAGCACGAAAUCGAUACUUGUUUUGAGACAAGUAUACGUCGAGGACUCUGGAGUUUUCAGUGUUAUUGCCGAAAAUCGAGGAGGCACUGCCAAAUGUAGCGCCAAUUUGAUCGUACAAGAACGUAAACGGCAAGGAAGAGGCGGUAAAGUUCCACCGAGCUUUGUGACAACCAUUCAAAGUACAACCGUAUCUACUGGACAGUUAGUUAGAUUCGAUGCCCGUGUAAACGGCACAAAACCAAUCGAUGUGUACUGGUUGAAAAAUGGAAGAAAAAUCACCCCUGAUAUACGUUACAAGACAUUAGAAGAAGAUGACUUGAACACCUUGUUAAUUAUCGAAGUCGUUCCUGAAGAUUCUGGCAAAUAUGAAUGUGUCGCGGUAAAUGAUUCUGGUGAAGCACGUUGCGAAGCAGAAUGUAUCGUGCAAUCGCCGUCUACUGGAGCUAAACCGUCGAAGCCAGCAUCUCCUGGUGCUGAAAAACCUCCAGUACUUGUGGAGCCACUUAGAGAUCAAACCAUUAAAGAAGGCCAGCCGGCAGCAUUCCGAUGUAAAAUAACCGGAAAACCGGCACCUACAGCUACUUGGAGCAAAGGAAAUAAAGUAAUUAAACCAUCGAAAUACUUCCAAAUGGUGAAAGAAGCAGAUUUCUAUACUUUGAAAAUCUCCGAGGCCUUCCCAGAAGACGAAGGGACAUAUAAAUGUGUUGCUCAAAAUCCGGCAGGUUCUGUCAGUACACAAGCGAAACUGAACGUCUUAGCUCCUGAAAGUCAAGACAUUCCACCUUCCCUAACUCCCAUGAAAGAUAUCAUUGUUCCGGAAGGUAGUCCAGCCCAAUUCAAAACGACCGUUGGUGGAAAACCGAAACCUACGAUCCAAUGGUUGAGGGAUGGAUUUCUUAUUCCAGAAUCGCCAGACUUUCAGGUAAUUAUUUACAAAUUCAUCUCAAGUUCUAACACAUUUAUAAAUCAUGGUGAUUAUGCAAUGAUGAUAAAAAUAAAUGAGUGUGUAGGUAUAAAAAUAAAAUGCCCGGUCAAUCAUACACUUUUACAAACAAUAUUUCACCGCCAUUUAUUUAGAAUGAAGCUAUCAGUAUCAAAAACUGACAAUGUUAUAACACAAACGUUACAACCCGCAGGACGAAUUGGAAAAUUUUCUCGAACAACGGUUAGCGAUCAAAAACGUGGCGGUACAGCAACAUCCAAAGGAAAGCAAGGAUUAAGUAAAGGCACGAAAGAGACGACGUCUUUAAUAAUUGAAACGACGCAACAGGGUGAUGAGCAAACCGACGAAGAAGUUCUCCCUAAAGGAGACGAAACGUUACCGUGGCGAAAACAGAGUCAAAGAACAGUUUUACAAAAAGGGCAAAUGAUAGUGGAGCGAAAGAGUUCGAUACAACAACAACAACCUAUACCAUGGACUGAAGAAGCUGUCAGGUUGAAGAAAACUAUCCCAACAAAGAAAGAGGUUCCAAAGGAAACAUUAGAAAAAGUGAGCUUACGCAGCCUGGUAAAAGAUAGGAGGGAAAGCGUGACAAGCGAGGAAAGAUUUGUUACAACUGAAGAUGCCACGACGCUUCAAAUUAAAGAAACAGAAGCCAUAACUACGGCUCAAGACCUUCAAGCAAAACAGUGGCGUAAACCUAGGAAGGAUUCCAAACCUGAACUUCAAAAACAACAAAUUGUGACCACAGAAGACGCAACUCUACUCCAAAUUAAAGAAAUAGAAAAAGAAACCACUGAUAAAGAACUCCAAACGAAACAGUGGCGCAAACCCAGAAAAGAUACAAAAGAAGAUAUUGAUGGACAGCAAGUAACGGAAGCAGAAAGCAUUUCCAAACCAAAGGAAAUUGAAAGCAAACCAUGGCGCAAACCAAAACCACACGAAAAAUUAUAUCACACAGAGCAAACAUUACAACUCGAUGUUCAGGAAGAACAAGAAAUAACUGUACAAAAAGAUUUGGAAACGAAAGAUUGGCGUCGACCCAAACCAGUUAAACAUUUGGCAGAGAAAACCGUCGACCUCCAAAGUGAAGAACAAAAAGAAUCCACUUUAAAACAACCCCAACAAAGCGUUACUGAACAAUUAAAAGUUAAACCUUGGACUGAAGAAAAAAUUGAACUGAAGAAAUCUAAACCCAAAGAUGUUAAACCCGAGCAAGUAACCGAAACCUUCGUCAAAACAGAAGAUGCUAUUCACAAGGAAAUUCACGAAAUGGAAAAAGAAACAACUACGCAAGAAUCUGAAAUAAGAGGUUGGAGAAAACCACGGAAAGACAUCGAGGAAGUUCCCAGAAGGCCAUCGAGGGACACAUCGUUAGAAAAGUCGCAAAUUAAACCUUGGACAGAAGAAAAAAUCGAGCUAAAAAAGGCUGUGCCCCAAAUACCCUCAAAACAAAAGGAAACGUUAGAAGAAAUUCAACUAAAACCACUACAGACAAAACAAAGGAAAAAAUCUGUUACUGAGAAAACAGAAGCAGUUCUUCAGAUAGAAGAAAUGCCUGAAGAAAUAUCACAAUUUCCGAAACAGCCAGAACAAGAAAAAGGUAAACCUAAACCGUGGACUGAAGAAAUAAUACAUUUAAAGAAAACAAAGACUGCAAAGCAACCUGAAACAGUUGAGGAAACAGACAAACAACUAAAAUUAAGGGUAGAAGAUACAAUAACUUUAGAUAUUAGAGAAACUGAAGAGGAAACGAAGCAACCAAUCAAAGAUAAAAAGCAUACUAAACAGAAAACAGAAAUGCAGUUAGAGAUUGAAGAAACAGAUCAACAUCUUGAGCAUCCUCAACCCAAAAGACCACAAGAUGUCAGACCAUGGACAGAAGAAAAAAUACAACUCAAGAAACCAAAGAAGGUUGAAGUACCAGAAUCUGCUGAAGAAAUACUAAAACCCCUGCAACCGGUAAAGAAAGAAGAAACACACGCUCCUUUAACGGAAGAAGAAUCUAAGCCAAAAGGUACUAUUUUGGAGGAGAAAAUUAUUGAAGAAAAACCUAAAAUUAAACACUGGCGUAAGAAAGUUGAUGAAGUGCAUGAAGAAAAGGUUAUCAAAACUGAAGAGGAACAGCUACCUUCGGAAACUCCUGAGCAAGUCGAAGAAACGAUUGUUGAAGAGACACCUAAGAAAGUAAAGCAUUGGCGUAGGAAAGAGGUAAAGGCCGAUGAAGAAGUGGUGACCAGAAAGGAAGAAGAGCUCCCUACAGAAAUUCCAGAAAAAGUUAAACCUAAAGAAAUCUCUCCUAAACAACCUGAAGAGGUCAAACCAUGGACUGAAGAAAAAAUAACACUUAAAAAACCAAAGAAGGUCGAAGUACCUGAAACAGCCGAAGAAAAGCUAAAGCCUUUAAAACCGGUACAGAAGGAAGAAACUCAAGCUAUAAUAACUGAAGAAGAAACUAAACCAACAGGUACAAUUUCUGAGGAGAAAAUUAUUGAGGAAAAACCUAAAACUAAACGCUGGCGUAAAAAGAUAGAUGAAGAACAUGAAGAAAAGGUUAUCAAAACUGAAGAGGAACAGUUACCUUUAGAAACUCCAGAGCAAGUCGAAGAAAAGUUUGUUGAAGAGUCACCUACGAAAGUAAAGCAUUGGCUUAGGAAAGAGGUAAAGGCCGAUGAAGAAGUAGUGACCAAAAAGGAGGAAGAGCUCCCUACAGAAAUCCCAGAAGAAGUUAAACCGAAAGAAGUAGCUCCUAAACAACCUGAAGAGGUUAAACCGUGGACUGAAGAAAAAAUAACACUUAAAAAACCAAAGAAGGUCGAAGUACCUGAAGCAGCCGAAGAUAAGCUGAAACCUUUAAAACCGGUACAGAAGGAAGAAACUCAAGCUAUAAUAACUGAAGAAGAAAUUAAACCAACAGGUAUAAUUUCGGAGGAGAAAAUUAUUGAGGAAAAGCCUAAAACNGAUGUUAUAACACAAACGUUACAACCCGCAGGACGAAUUGGAAAAUUUUCUCGAACAACGGUUAGCGAUCAAAAACGUGGCGGUACAGCAACAUCCAAAGGAAAGCAAGGAUUAAGUAAAGGCACGAAAGAGACGACGUCUUUAAUAAUUGAAACGACGCAACAGGGUGAUGAGCAAACCGACGAAGAAGUUCUCCCUAAAGGAGACGAAACGUUACCGUGGCGAAAACAGAGUCAAAGAACAGUUUUACAAAAAGGGCAAAUGAUAGUGGAGCGAAAGAGUUCGAUACAACAACAACAACCUAUACCAUGGACUGAAGAAGCUGUCAGGUUGAAGAAAACUAUCCCAACAAAGAAAGAGGUUCCAAAGGAAACAUUAGAAAAAGUGAGCUUACGCAGCCUGGUAAAAGAUAGGAGGGAAAGCGUGACAAGCGAGGAAAGAUUUGUUACAACUGAAGAUGCCACGACGCUUCAAAUUAAAGAAACAGAAGCCAUAACUACGGCUCAAGACCUUCAAGCAAAACAGUGGCGUAAACCUAGGAAGGAUUCCAAACCUGAACUUCAAAAACAACAAAUUGUGACCACAGAAGACGCAACUCUACUCCAAAUUAAAGAAAUAGAAAAAGAAACCACUGAUAAAGAACUCCAAACGAAACAGUGGCGCAAACCCAGAAAAGAUACAAAAGAAGAUAUUGAUGGACAGCAAGUAACGGAAGCAGAAAGCAUUUCCAAACCAAAGGAAAUUGAAAGCAAACCAUGGCGCAAACCAAAACCACACGAAAAAUUAUAUCACACAGAGCAAACAUUACAACUCGAUGUUCAGGAAGAACAAGAAAUAACUGUACAAAAAGAUUUGGAAACGAAAGAUUGGCGUCGACCCAAACCAGUUAAACAUUUGGCAGAGAAAACCGUCGACCUCCAAAGUGAAGAACAAAAAGAAUCCACUUUAAAACAACCCCAACAAAGCGUUACUGAACAAUUAAAAGUUAAACCUUGGACUGAAGAAAAAAUUGAACUGAAGAAAUCUAAACCCAAAGAUGUUAAACCCGAGCAAGUAACCGAAACCUUCGUCAAAACAGAAGAUGCUAUUCACAAGGAAAUUCACGAAAUGGAAAAAGAAACAACUACGCAAGAAUCUGAAAUAAGAGGUUGGAGAAAACCACGGAAAGACAUCGAGGAAGUUCCCAGAAGGCCAUCGAGGGACACAUCGUUAGAAAAGUCGCAAAUUAAACCUUGGACAGAAGAAAAAAUCGAGCUAAAAAAGGCUGUGCCCCAAAUACCCUCAAAACAAAAGGAAACGUUAGAAGAAAUUCAACUAAAACCACUACAGACAAAACAAAGGAAAAAAUCUGUUACUGAGAAAACAGAAGCAGUUCUUCAGAUAGAAGAAAUGCCUGAAGAAAUAUCACAAUUUCCGAAACAGCCAGAACAAGAAAAAGGUAAACCUAAACCGUGGACUGAAGAAAUAAUACAUUUAAAGAAAACAAAGACUGCAAAGCAACCUGAAACAGUUGAGGAAACAGACAAACAACUAAAAUUAAGGGUAGAAGAUACAAUAACUUUAGAUAUUAGAGAAACUGAAGAGGAAACGAAGCAACCAAUCAAAGAUAAAAAGCAUACUAAACAGAAAACAGAAAUGCAGUUAGAGAUUGAAGAAACAGAUCAACAUCUUGAGCAUCCUCAACCCAAAAGACCACAAGAUGUCAGACCAUGGACAGAAGAAAAAAUACAACUCAAGAAACCAAAGAAGGUUGAAGUACCAGAAUCUGCUGAAGAAAUACUAAAACCCCUGCAACCGGUAAAGAAAGAAGAAACACACGCUCCUUUAACGGAAGAAGAAUCUAAGCCAAAAGGUACUAUUUUGGAGGAGAAAAUUAUUGAAGAAAAACCUAAAAUUAAACACUGGCGUAAGAAAGUUGAUGAAGUGCAUGAAGAAAAGGUUAUCAAAACUGAAGAGGAACAGCUACCUUCGGAAACUCCUGAGCAAGUCGAAGAAACGAUUGUUGAAGAGACACCUAAGAAAGUAAAGCAUUGGCGUAGGAAAGAGGUAAAGGCCGAUGAAGAAGUGGUGACCAGAAAGGAAGAAGAGCUCCCUACAGAAAUUCCAGAAAAAGUUAAACCUAAAGAAAUCUCUCCUAAACAACCAGAAGGGGUCAAACCAUGGACUGAAGAAAAAAUAACACUUAAAAAACCAAAGAAGGUCGAAGUACCUGAAACAGCCGAAGAAAAGCUGAAGCCUUUAAAACCGGUACAGAAGGAAGAAACUCACGUUGUAUUAACUGAAGAAGAAACUAAACCAACAAGUACAAUUUCGGAGGAGAAAAUUAUUGAGGAAAAACCUAAAACCAAACGCUGGCGUAAAAAGGUCGGUGAAGAACAUGAAAAAGAGGUUAUCAAAACUGAAGAGGAACAAUUACCUUCGGAAACUCCGGAGCAAGUAGAAGAAAAACCUACGAAAGUAAAACAUUGGCGCAGGAAAGAAGUGAAGGCCGAUGAAGAAGUGGUGACCAGAAAGGAAGAAGAGCUCCCUACAGAAAUUCCAGAAAAAGUUAAACCUAAAGAAAUCUCUCCUAAACAACCUGAAGAGGUCAAACCAUGGACUGAAGAAAAAAUAACACUUAAAAAACCAAAGAAGGUCGAAGUACCUGAAACAGCCGAAGAAAAGCUGAAGCCUUUAAAACCGGUACAGAAGGAAGAAACUCACGUUGUAUUAACUGAAGAAGAAACUAAACCAACAAGUACAAUUUCGGAGGAGAAAAUUAUUGAGGAAAAACCUAAAACCAAACGCUGGCGUAAAAAGGUCGGUGAAGAACAUGAAAAAGAGGUUAUCAAAACUGAAGAGGAACAAUUACCUUCGGAAACUCCGGAGCAAGUAGAAGAAAAACCUACGAAAGUAAAACAUUGGCGCAGAAAAGAAGUGAAGGCCGAUGAAGAAGUGGUGACCAGAAAGGAAGAAGAGCUCCCUACAGAAAUUCCAGAAAAAGUUAAACCUAAAGAAAUCUCUCCUAAACAACCUGAAGAGGUCAAACCAUGGACUGAAGAAAAAAUAACACUUAAAAAACCAAAGAAGAUCGAAGUACCUGAAACAGACGAAGAAAAGCUAAAGCCUUUAAAACCGGUACAGAAGGAAGAAACUCACGCUGUAUUAACUGAAGAAGAAACUAAACCAACAGGUACAAUUUCGGAGGAGAAAAUUAUUGAGGAAAAACCUAAAACUAAACGCUGGCGUAAAAAGGUCGGUGAAGAACAUGAAGUAGAGGUUAUCAAAACAGAAGAGGAACAAUUACCUUCGGAAACUCCGGAGCAAGUAGAAGAAAAACCUACGAAAGUAAAACAUUGGCGCAGAAAAGAAGUGAAGGCCGAUGAAGAAGUGGUGACCAGAAAGGAAGAAGAGCUCCCUACAGAAAUUCCAGAAAAAGUUAAACCUAAAGAAAUCUCUCCUAAACAACCUGAAGAGGUCACACCAUGGACUGAAGAAAAGAUAACACUUAAAAAACCAAAGAAGAUCGAAGUACCUGAAACAGCCGAAGAAAAGCUGACGCCUUUAAAACCGGUACAGAAGGAAGAAACUCAAGCUAUAAUAACUGAAGAAGAAACUAAACCAACAGGUACAAUUUCGGAGGAGAAAAUUAUUGAGGAAAAGCCUAAAACUAAACACUGGCGUAAAAAGGUCGGUGAAGAACAUGAAAAAGAGGUUAUCAAAACUGAAGAGGAACAAUUACCUUCGGAAACUCCGGAGCAAGUAGAAGAAAAACCUACGAAAGUAAAACAUUGGCGCAGGAAAGAAGUGAAGGCCGAUGAAGAAGUGGUGACCAGAAAGGAAGAAGAGCUCCCUACAGAAAUUCCAGAAAAAGUUAAACCUAAAGAAAUCUCUCCUAAACAACCUGAAGAGGUCAAACCAUGGACUGAAGAAAAAAUAACACUUAAAAAACCAAAGAAGGUCGAAGUACCUGAAACAGCCGAAGAAAAGCUAAAGCCUUUAAAACCGGUACAGAAGGAAGAAACUCAAGCUAUAAUAACUGAAGAAGAAACUAAACCAACAGGUACAAUUUCUGAGGAGAAAAUUAUUGAGGAAAAACCUAAAACUAAACGCUGGCGUAAAAAGGUCGGUGAAGAACAUGAAGAAAAGGUUAUCAAAACUGAAGAGGAACAGCUACCUUCGGAAACUCCUGAGCAAGUAGAAGAAAAACCUACGAAAGUAAAGCAUUGGCGUAGGAAAGAGGUAAAGGCCGAUGAAGAAGUAGUGACCACCAAAAAGGAGGAAGAGCUUCCUACAGAAAUUCCAGAAGAAUCUAAACCGAAGGAAAUAGCUCCUAAACAACCUGAAGAGGUCAAACCAUGGACUGAAGAAAAAAUAACACUUAAAAAACCAAAGAAGGUCGAAGUACCUGAAACAGCCGAAGAAAAGCUGAAGCCUUUAAAACCGGUACAGAAGGAAGAAACUCAAGCUAUAAUAACUGAAGAAGAAACUAAACCAACAAGUACAAUUUCGGAGGAGAAAAUUAUUGAGGAAAAACCUAAAACUAAACGCUGGCGUAAGAAGAUAGGCGAAGAACAUGAAGAAAAGAUUAUCAAAACUGAAGAGGAACAGCUACCUUCAGAAACUCCAGACCAUGUCGAAGAAAAGAUUGUUGAAGAGACUCCUAAGAAAGUAAAGCAUUGGCGUAGGAAAGAGGUAAAGGCCGAUGAAGAAGUGGUGACCAGAAAAGAAGAAGAGCUCCCUACAGAAAUUCCAGAAAAAGUUAAACCUAAAGAAAUCUCUCCUAAACAACCUGAAGAGGUCAAACCAUGGACUGAAGAAAAAAUAACAUUUAAAAAACCACAGAAGGUGGAAGUACCUGAAACAGCCGAAGAAAAGCUGACGCCUUUAAAACCGGUACAGAAGGAAGAAACUCAAGCUAUAAUAACUGAAGAAGAAACUAAACCAACAGGUACAAUUUCUGAGGAGAAAAUUAUUGAGGAAAAACCUAAAACUAAACGCUGGCGUAAAAAGAUAGAUGAAGAACAUGAAGAAAAGGUUAUCAAAACUGAAGAGGAACAGUUACCUUUAGAAACUCCAGAGCAAGUCGAAGAAAAGUUUGUUGAAGAGUCACCUACGAAAGUAAAGCAUUGGCUUAGGAAAGAGGUAAAGGCCGAUGAAGAAGUAGUGACCAAAAAGGAGGAAGAGCUCCCUACAGAAAUCCCAGAAGAAGUUAAACCGAAAGAAGUAGCUCCUAAACAACCUGAAGAGGUUAAACCGUGGACUGAAGAAAAAAUAACACUUAAAAAACCAAAGAAGGUCGAAGUACCUGAAGCAGCCGAAGAUAAGCUGAAACCUUUAAAACCGGUACAGAAGGAAGAAACUCAAGCUAUAAUAACUGAAGAAGAAAUUAAACCAACAGGUAUAAUUUCGGAGGAGAAAAUUAUUGAGGAAAAGCCUAAAACUAAACGCUGGCGCAAAAAGGUCGGUGAAGAACAUGAAGAAAAGAUUAUCAAAACUGAGGAGGAACAGUUACCCUCAGAAGCACCAGGGCAAGUUGAAGAAAAAUUGAAACCUCUGAAACCUCUAGAAAAAGAGGAAGCCAAAGCAUCAUCAGUAGUGGAAGGAGCGCCAAAAGCAAUUGAAGGAAAACCGGAAUUGGAAUACAUUAAACCGGAAGAAGAAGAUAUAUUGGUUGAAGAAAUAGUCAAAAAGAAAAAAGUACGUAAGCAGCGUAAACAAGUUCAAGAUGAUCAAUUAGUCCAACAAGAGGAAGUAACGGAAUUAACACAGGAAACAAUUCCAGUUGGUGAUGAAGUUUCUGAAAUACGUGAUGAAGAAAAAGCUACAAGACCAAAACCUGUUAAGAAAAUAGAAGAAAUGAAACCCUGGACAGAAGAAAAAGUGGUUCUGAAAAAAGCUAAACCAGCGAAACAGCCAUUACCUGAAGCACCUUUGGAAACUGUUGAGCUUAGUCCACUUAAACAUAAAACAAAAGAAGAAACUAAAUCAAUACCAAAACAGAAAGUAGAAACUACCAAGGUUAGUCCGUUAGUUGCAGAUAUUUCUGAAGAAACUGAAAAACCACAGAAAGAAGAAUUUGAAUCUACUUUGUCCGAAAAAGUAGAAAAGCCUACUAAAGAAAAAGAAGACAAAUCGGUACCUUGGAGAAAACCAACUAAACCGACUGUCGAAGAUGUUGAAGAAGAAAAAUCGAAAUUAAAAAUUGGCAAAGGAGUUAUACCUGCAGAAAAAGAAGAAAAAGAGGAGGUACAUCUCAAACCGAUACCAAAACCGAAAAAACCUGAUGAGUCCAAAGAAGAUAUUAAACUCAAACCAGUUGCAAAAGAAAAAGAAAUUCUUCCAGAAAAACCAGAAGAACAAGAGGAUAUCGACAUGAAACACAAGCCAUUACCAUGGAGGAAAGGCAAAAAACCAGAAAAAGAGACAAUAUCGCCCAAAGACGAAGAAACACAGCCUCAAGAAGAACAACCUACACCUGCUCCAGUUCCUUGGAGACAGGACGUGAAGCAAAUGCCUGAAGAAGAUAAAAAAGAAGAAACAAAAUUGCGUAUAGGCAAGGGUAAAUUACCAAAAGAAGAAGAAUUUAAAGAAGAAGUCCACUUAAAACCUAUUCCUAAACGAACCAAGCCAGAAGAAAAGGAGGAAGAAAUCCCACUCAAACCUAUUCCACAACCAACUAAACCUAAAGAAAUACAAGAAGACACGCAACUUGAAAUAACCCCCAAGAAACCUCAAGAAGUUUCGCCAGAACAACAACCUGAGGAAACUACUCUUCCAUGGAGAAAGAUUAGAAAACCAAAGAAGCCAAAAGUGGAACUUGCCAAAUUACCAUCACAAACUGACGAAUAUCCCGAAACUCAAGUUACCGAAACUAAAAUAGAAUUAAAAGAAAUAUCAAAACCUCAAACAGAAGAAGAAAUAACAGAAGANGGAGUUAUACCUGCAGAAAAAGAAGAAAAAGAGGAGGUACAUCUCAAACCGAUACCAAAACCGAAAAAACCUGAUGAGUCCAAAGAAGAUAUUAAACUCAAACCAGUUGCAAAAGAAAAAGAAAUUCUUCCAGAAAAACCAGAAGAACAAGAGGAUAUCGACAUGAAACACAAGCCAUUACCAUGGAGGAAAGGCAAAAAACCAGAAAAAGAGACAAUAUCGCCCAAAGACGAAGAAACACAGCCUCAAGAAGAACAACCUACACCUGCUCCAGUUCCUUGGAGACAGGACGUGAAGCAAAUGCCUGAAGAAGAUAAAAAAGAAGAAACAAAAUUGCGUAUAGGCAAGGGUAAAUUACCAAAAGAAGAAGAAUUUAAAGAAGAAGUCCACUUAAAACCUAUUCCUAAACGAACCAAGCCAGAAGAAAAGGAGGAAGAAAUCCCACUCAAACCUAUUCCACAACCAACUAAACCUAAAGAAAUACAAGAAGACACGCAACUUGAAAUAACCCCCAAGAAACCUCAAGAAGUUUCGCCAGAACAACAACCUGAGGAAACUACUCUUCCAUGGAGAAAGAUUAGAAAACCAAAGAAGCCAAAAGUGGAACUUGCCAAAUUACCAUCACAAACUGACGAAUAUCCCGAAACUCAAGUUACCGAAACUAAAAUAGAAUUAAAAGAAAUAUCAAAACCUCAAACAGAAGAAGAAAUAACAGAAGAAAUCACAGAGGAAACUAAACAAUUAGAAGAUCAAAUUACUCAAGAACUCAAAGUCGAUGUCAUUUCGAAGAAGAAAAUUAAACGUGAACGCGAAGUAAAAUUCUACGACGAAGGAGAUCAACCGUUGCCAGAACUUGAAAUAGUAACUCAAAAGAGAGAGAAAAUUAAACCAGAAGAGAUUGAAACGGAAGAAGCAACAAUGAAAAUUAAAACUACUAAAGUUAAGACCACCAAAAAGAUUAAAGCUCCUAGGUUUACUGAGAAGGUCGAGCCAAUUACAGUUACAGAAGAGAGCAAAGCUGUGUUUACUUGUAAAGUUGAAGGUACACCCUUCCCUGAAAUAACAUGGUAUAAAAACGAAGAAAUUAUUAAGCCCUCAGAAAGAGUUCAAAUGACUGUUGUCGAAAAUACGGCUGUUCUUGAAAUUGCUUCAAUCACCCCACAAGAUGUUGCAGUGUACACAUGUAAAGCUGUCAAUCCAGCCGGUGUAGCAACAACAACUGCGAAUCUCAUCAUAUUAGAGAAAGAAGAAUCCGGUAUCGCCCCACAUAUCGUACAACCUUUAAAAGCACAAGUAACAGAAGAAAAAGUUCAUUUAGAGUGUACCAUCACCGGAAAGCCCACUCCCGAAAUCAAAUGGUACGAAGACAAGAAAGAAGUAAAACCAGACAGAAGACACAAGGUUUCGUACACACCAGAAACUGGAAAAGCAAUAUUAGACGUAUUGAAACCAUUAACUGAAGAAGUACCGUAUGAAGUUACAGCUGUAAAUAAAUUCGGAACAGCUAAAACAACCACCAAACUUGUGCCUUCAGAGAUUGUUACAGGUACCGAAGUACCGGUAAUGAUCGCACCUAAAAUUACUAAACCAAUUCAAGCAAUUGUAUCCACGGCUAAGGAAGACAUUAUAUUAACGGCAGAGUUCGAAGGCCAGCCGAUACCAGAAAUAUCAUGGUAUAGAAACAGUAAAGAAAUAAAACCGAACAAGAACUGGGAUAUAGAAACAACAGAAAAUGUAACAACUCUAAUAAUAUCAAAAGAUUCCAAAAUAAAAGAUGGUAAAUAUGAAGUAAGGGCCAAAAAUCCUAAAGGCGAAGCUCGCACUUUAGGAACAGUAACAAUCUCUAAGGACGAACAAGCUCUAGCUGCUAAAGCUCCGAGGUUUAUAAAGCCAAUAGAGCCUCAAAUAGUAACAUUAGGUGAGGCAGUAGUCAUAGAAGCUGUAGUUGAAUCAGAACCGAUAGCUUCAUUCCAAUGGUACAUCGGACCGACUCCAGUUCUAUCAUCGCCAGAAAUAAGAAUCACAACCCAAGGAAACACAUCAACCCUCAUGAUUCAUUCAAUUACACCAGAACUCUGCGAGACUGUUACCUGCCGAGCUGAAAAUGUCGUGGGAUCAGUCAUGAGCACAGCAAGUAUAAGUAAGAUCGAAGAAACAGUCUGGGAAGGAACCACCGAAGUUGAAUAUCCACGAUUCGUAGAGAAAUUGACACCCAUUAGAGUAAUGGAUGGUGAAAGAGCAACGUUAACGUGCAAAGUUACAGGUAAACCUAUUCCUAAGGUAACCUGGCUUCAUAACGGACAGCCCAUAGAUGAAGCGAAAGACGUCAUCAUAACACAAAGUCCCGAAGGUGUGUGUUCGUUGACCAUUUGCGAAGUAUUUCCCGAAAAUGAAGGAGUGUAUACUUGUUUCGCUAAUAACGAAGCCGGCGAAACUGUAUGUAAAACGUCACUGGUUGUCGAAGCAUACGAAUACAUGCCAGAUUCAGAAUUAGCUCAAAUGACUGCACCAAGUGGCUCUGAAGAAGAUCUCUUAGCAGAUAAGGUAAUAGCAACAAUAGGGAAUUUCGUCAGUUCUAUGACUGGUUGGACACGCAUCUGCAAUCUUUCUUAUAUUCGAGUCUAUCGUUCAGAGAGGCUAAACAGUUUUUUUUANGAAACAGACGAAGAAAAGCUAAAGCCUUUAAAACCGGUACAGAAGGAAGAAACUCACGCUGUAUUAACUGAAGAAGAAACUAAACCAACAGGUACAAUUUCGGAGGAGAAAAUUAUUGAGGAAAAACCUAAAACUAAACGCUGGCGUAAAAAGGUCGGUGAAGAACAUGAAGUAGAGGUUAUCAAAACAGAAGAGGAACAAUUACCUUCGGAAACUCCGGAGCAAGUAGAAGAAAAACCUACGAAAGUAAAACAUUGGCGCAGGAAAGAAGUGAAGGCCGAUGAAGAAGUGGUGACCAGAAAGGAAGAAGAGCUCCCUACAGAAAUUCCAGAAAAAGUUAAACCUAAAGAAAUCUCUCCUAAACAACCUGAAGAGGUCAAACCAUGGACUGAAGAAAAAAUAACACUUAAAAAACCAAAGAAGGUCGAAGUACCUGAAACAGCCGAAGAAAAGCUAAAGCCUUUAAAACCGGUACAGAAGGAAGAAACUCAAGCUAUAAUAACUGAAGAAGAAACUAAACCAACAGGUACAAUUUCUGAGGAGAAAAUUAUUGAGGAAAAACCUAAAACUAAACGCUGGCGUAAAAAGAUAGAUGAAGAACAUGAAGAAAAGGUUAUCAAAACUGAAGAGGAACAGUUACCUUUAGAAACUCCAGAGCAAGUCGAAGAAAAGUUUGUUGAAGAGUCACCUACGAAAGUAAAGCAUUGGCUUAGGAAAGAGGUAAAGGCCGAUGAAGAAGUAGUGACCAAAAAGGAGGAAGAGCUCCCUACAGAAAUCCCAGAAGAAGUUAAACCGAAAGAAGUAGCUCCUAAACAACCUGAAGAGGUUAAACCGUGGACUGAAGAAAAAAUAACACUUAAAAAACCAAAGAAGGUCGAAGUACCUGAAGCAGCCGAAGAUAAGCUGAAACCUUUAAAACCGGUACAGAAGGAAGAAACUCAAGCUAUAAUAACUGAAGAAGAAAUUAAACCAACAGGUAUAAUUUCGGAGGAGAAAAUUAUUGAGGAAAAGCCUAAAACUAAACGCUGGCGCAAAAAGGUCGGUGAAGAACAUGAAGAAAAGAUUAUCAAAACUGAGGAGGAACAGUUACCCUCAGAAGCACCAGGGCAAGUUGAAGAAAAAUUGAAACCUCUGAAACCUCUAGAAAAAGAGGAAGCCAAAGCAUCAUCAGUAGUGGAAGGAGCGCCAAAAGCAAUUGAAGGAAAACCGGAAUUGGAAUACAUUAAACCGGAAGAAGAAGAUAUAUUGGUUGAAGAAAUAGUCAAAAAGAAAAAAGUACGUAAGCAGCGUAAACAAGUUCAAGAUGAUCAAUUAGUCCAACAAGAGGAAGUAACGGAAUUAACACAGGAAACAAUUCCAGUUGGUGAUGAAGUUUCUGAAAUACGUGAUGAAGAAAAAGCUACAAGACCAAAACCUGUUAAGAAAAUAGAAGAAAUGAAACCCUGGACAGAAGAAAAAGUGGUUCUGAAAAAAGCUAAACCAGCGAAACAGCCAUUACCUGAAGCACCUUUGGAAACUGUUGAGCUUAGUCCACUUAAACAUAAAACAAAAGAAGAAACUAAAUCAAUACCAAAACAGAAAGUAGAAACUACCAAGGUUAGUCCGUUAGUUGCAGAUAUUUCUGAAGAAACUGAAAAACCACAGAAAGAAGAAUUUGAAUCUACUUUGUCCGAAAAAGUAGAAAAGCCUACUAAAGAAAAAGAAGACAAAUCGGUACCUUGGAGAAAACCAACUAAACCGACUGUCGAAGAUGUUGAAGAAGAAAAAUCGAAAUUAAAAAUUGGCAAAGGAGUUAUACCUGCAGAAAAAGAAGAAAAAGAGGAGGUACAUCUCAAACCGAUACCAAAACCGAAAAAACCUGAUGAGUCCAAAGAAGAUAUUAAACUCAAACCAGUUGCAAAAGAAAAAGAAAUUCUUCCAGAAAAACCAGAAGAACAAGAGGAUAUCGACAUGAAACACAAGCCAUUACCAUGGAGGAAAGGCAAAAAACCAGAAAAAGAGACAAUAUCGCCCAAAGACGAAGAAACACAGCCUCAAGAAGAACAACCUACACCUGCUCCAGUUCCUUGGAGACAGGACGUGAAGCAAAUGCCUGAAGAAGAUAAAAAAGAAGAAACAAAAUUGCGUAUAGGCAAGGGUAAAUUACCAAAAGAAGAAGAAUUUAAAGAAGAAGUCCACUUAAAACCUAUUCCUAAACGAACCAAGCCAGAAGAAAAGGAGGAAGAAAUCCCACUCAAACCUAUUCCACAACCAACUAAACCUAAAGAAAUACAAGAAGACACGCAACUUGAAAUAACCCCCAAGAAACCUCAAGAAGUUUCGCCAGAACAACAACCUGAGGAAACUACUCUUCCAUGGAGAAAGAUUAGAAAACCAAAGAAGCCAAAAGUGGAACUUGCCAAAUUACCAUCACAAACUGACGAAUAUCCCGAAACUCAAGUUACCGAAACUAAAAUAGAAUUAAAAGAAAUAUCAAAACCUCAAACAGAAGAAGAAAUAACAGAAGAAAUCACAGAGGAAACUAAACAAUUAGAAGAUCAAAUUACUCAAGAACUCAAAGUCGAUGUCAUUUCGAAGAAGAAAAUUAAACGUGAACGCGAAGUAAAAUUCUACGACGAAGGAGAUCAACCGUUGCCAGAACUUGAAAUAGUAACUCAAAAGAGAGAGAAAAUUAAACCAGAAGAGAUUGAAACGGAAGAAGCAACAAUGAAAAUUAAAACUACUAAAGUUAAGACCACCAAAAAGAUUAAAGCUCCUAGGUUUACUGAGAAGGUCGAGCCAAUUACAGUUACAGAAGAGAGCAAAGCUGUGUUUACUUGUAAAGUUGAAGGUACACCCUUCCCUGAAAUAACAUGGUAUAAAAACGAAGAAAUUAUUAAGCCCUCAGAAAGAGUUCAAAUGACUGUUGUCGAAAAUACGGCUGUUCUUGAAAUUGCUUCAAUCACCCCACAAGAUGUUGCAGUGUACACAUGUAAAGCUGUCAAUCCAGCCGGUGUAGCAACAACAACUGCGAAUCUCAUCAUAUUAGAGAAAGAAGAAUCCGGUAUCGCCCCACAUAUCGUACAACCUUUAAAAGCACAAGUAACAGAAGAAAAAGUUCAUUUAGAGUGUACCAUCACCGGAAAGCCCACUCCCGAAAUCAAAUGGUACGAAGACAAGAAAGAAGUAAAACCAGACAGAAGACACAAGGUUUCGUACACACCAGAAACUGGAAAAGCAAUAUUAGACGUAUUGAAACCAUUAACUGAAGAAGUACCGUAUGAAGUUACAGCUGUAAAUAAAUUCGGAACAGCUAAAACAACCACCAAACUUGUGCCUUCAGAGAUUGUUACAGGUACCGAAGUACCGGUAAUGAUCGCACCUAAAAUUACUAAACCAAUUCAAGCAAUUGUAUCCACGGCUAAGGAAGACAUUAUAUUAACGGCAGAGUUCGAAGGCCAGCCGAUACCAGAAAUAUCAUGGUAUAGAAACAGUAAAGAAAUAAAACCGAACAAGAACUGGGAUAUAGAAACAACAGAAAAUGUAACAACUCUAAUAAUAUCAAAAGAUUCCAAAAUAAAAGAUGGUAAAUAUGAAGUAAGGGCCAAAAAUCCUAAAGGCGAAGCUCGCACUUUAGGAACAGUAACAAUCUCUAAGGACGAACAAGCUCUAGCUGCUAAAGCUCCGAGGUUUAUAAAGCCAAUAGAGCCUCAAAUAGUAACAUUAGGUGAGGCAGUAGUCAUAGAAGCUGUAGUUGAAUCAGAACCGAUAGCUUCAUUCCAAUGGUACAUCGGACCGACUCCAGUUCUAUCAUCGCCAGAAAUAAGAAUCACAACCCAAGGAAACACAUCAACCCUCAUGAUUCAUUCAAUUACACCAGAACUCUGCGAGACUGUUACCUGCCGAGCUGAAAAUGUCGUGGGAUCAGUCAUGAGCACAGCAAGUAUAAGUAAGAUCGAAGAAACAGUCUGGGAAGGAACCACCGAAGUUGAAUAUCCACGAUUCGUAGAGAAAUUGACACCCAUUAGAGUAAUGGAUGGUGAAAGAGCAACGUUAACGUGCAAAGUUACAGGUAAACCUAUUCCUAAGGUAACCUGGCUUCAUAACGGACAGCCCAUAGAUGAAGCGAAAGACGUCAUCAUAACACAAAGUCCCGAAGGUGUGUGUUCGUUGACCAUUUGCGAAGUAUUUCCCGAAAAUGAAGGAGUGUAUACUUGUUUCGCUAAUAACGAAGCCGGCGAAACUGUAUGUAAAACGUCACUGGUUGUCGAAGCAUACGAAUACAUGCCAGAUUCAGAAUUAGCUCAAAUGACUGCACCAAGUGGCUCUGAAGAAGAUCUCUUAGCAGAUAAGACUCUCAGUGACAUUCCUUACGAUAGCGACUUCGAAGAAAUUCCACCGAAGAUAGUCAAGAAGUUACCAGAAGUGGUAACUACCAAAACAGGGGAUGUAACAAGAUUGGAAGUAAAAGCCACGGGUAAACCCAAGCCUGAAGGCAAAUGGCUCAAAGAAGGAGAAGAAAUAGUGCCAUCGAAGGAAUUCGCAAUUGAAAACUUCGAAGACGGUACUUCCGUUUUAACGAUAGCAGAAGUAUUCCCUGAUGACAUUGGCGACAUUACAUAUGAAGCCAUCAACCCCUUUGGGGUUGCUGUUACGGCUACAACACUUACACUGGAAGGAGUUGAAGGUAUUGUUGGAACAAAAGAAUACCGAAAACCAGAGUGGGUUACGCACAUGGAAGAAUUGCAGGAGGCAUUAAAAGCUGCAAAGAGUGUUCCCACUUUUGUACAAGAAAUUAAAGACGUUCGUACAACGGAAGAAGAAACUGUUGUUUUCGAAUGCGUAUUUUCAGGAACACCAACACCAGACGUUGUCUGGUAUUACAACGACAAAAUUUUGCGAAAUACCGAUAAAAUAAAAGUCAGGAUUGAGGACAAUAAAACAACUUGCACUAUACAAGAUGUCAGUGUGGAAAACGUUGGCACGUACGUGUGCAAAGCAGUCAGUGACAUGGGCACUGCGAUAACAAAGGCGAAACUGUAUGUACAAGAAAUACCCGCCGACAAAAAGAAAGAAAUUAAAUUAAAGAAAGCCAUCGAAAAGAAGGAGAAAGUUAAAAAAGAACGGGUUACAAUUGAGAAGAAACGACAAGACAAACGAGUGAAACUGCAAUUGGAAAUAGAGGAACUUAAACCUCUGCAACAACAAGAUGUUUUACCGUUGGAAGGCGUUGAGAAAAUUGAAGAAACCCUCGACGAAAAGGCUUACGCCAAACCACUCCUAUCACCCCAAGAACCUCUAAUAACAGAAGCAACGGCUUCGUGCAGGAAAAUUGACAAGGAAGAGAUUUUAGAGAAAGAAGAAAUAAAACCACAGAAAAUAAUCGACAGUAGUUUAGAAUCAAUGUCAGUUACCCAUAUUCAGCCGGAAGAAGAAGUAACUGAUCUGAAGAUCGAAAGACCAACGGAAAUCACACCAGAACUCAAACCCGCUGUUCUAGAAGAAGCUCACAUAACUGAAGUAACUCUCGAACAAAUAAUUGAGCGUGUAGAGAAAAUUAUUGUCAGUGAAGAAAUAAAGAUGGCCAAAGAAAUUACGGAAACAUUAGAUUUUACCAGAACAAAAGAAUUUGGACCAGGUGAACAACCAUUAAAAGAACUAGCGGAAAUUGGGUAUCUGGUUCGUAAUGGCGUUACCGUAACAGAAAUAACCGUACUUUACAAUGAAGAUAAAUUCCCUACUUUGAAAACACCACAGUCACAGUCUGCGUUAGUAAACGUUUUAGAACGUAAAGGCUACAGUGCGCUGGUUUCGGAAGUUUUGAGUGAAGAAACGACCGUUGAUGAAGACAAGUUAGCCUCUACUGUAGGAUUUAAGGCGUUCAUGAAAAUGAUUGAAUGCAAGCAUGCAACAGUCGAGGACGUGAUAACUCACUUCGUCCCUGAAGAUUUCACAUCACGAGCAUGGGAAACUGCCGAAAUUACAGAAGUAAGUAAUAGAUAAAUUAACGAUAAUUUU